AUUGUUGUUUACCUUAACACGAGGAUCACAUUCCAGAAAACCCAAAUCCGAAAAGUGGCAUUAUUCCUGGAAGCCUAAGCUUUGAAUCAAUGCUGUCAGCUGUAGCUGAUUUUAAGGCUCCUGUGUUUGAACCCGGGGGCUCUAUGCAGCAAGGAAUGUAUACACCUAAAGGUAUGUUCAGUUUUUAUGGGUGUUUUAGUGGGAAUCUGCAAUAUAUGUAUGGGUUCUUAAUGAGCUGGUAUUAAUUACAACUCUAGAAAUUAAUUAUUGUUAUUUAUUUAUACCCCGCCCAUCUGGCCGGGUCUCCCCAGCCACUCUGGGCAGCUUCCAAUAGAAUAUUAAAAACACAAUAAAACAUCAAACAUUAAAAACUUCCCUAAACAGGGCUGCUUUCAGAUGUCUUCUAAAAGUCAGGUAGUUGUUUAUUUCCUUGACAUCUGAUGGGAGGGUAUCUCUAAGAUGUAAACAGCUUAGAGAUAGUUGACUUCAGUUGCGUAUUAUGUGAAUUUUGGUGGAUUAAUAAAAAUUUUCAGAAUUUCAGUGUUGUUACAUGCUUUCAACUUUUUUGCUUUUCCUUCCCUAAUUCCUCUGUUUAAACAAGUGGUUGUUCUUCACACUUUGAACACCAUCAUGAUAUGUACAAGAACCAAAAUAGUUGAUCGGCGAACAGGAUACAUUGUAAUUGUGUAUGUUGAGUAAUGAUAAUAAAGAUAUGUGUUUGAGGAUGUUGGCACAAAACUGAAACACUUAGUUGCUGAAAACCUUCAUUGUGGUUCAGCAUGCACGUAGGUUAAGCCAAACCUUAUCUAAACAUAGACAAGCAUGUGGGCACUGAGGGGAAAAAUAAUUAUGACUGUGCUACUCCUUCCCUGGUCCUGCUGCUGCCAUGCUACCCAUUGCUAAGUUUCAAUUUGGCUUAGCAUUAUGUGUGAUCCCUCAUGGUUUGUCUUGUUUUAGACAAACCAACAGUUGUGUCUAGAGCAAAGUUUUAAACCAUAAACCUUAGGGCCAGCUUUAGAGCAUCCCGUUUGAUGGUGCUCUUGUGCCUACCAGAUAUGGGACCAUUAUUCUUAUCCGAAAGGUGUUUCAGAGUGAGCAGUAGAACACCUCCAAGAUCCAACGUAAGUGUGGUCAUACUUAAGAUUGGAUUUGAGGAGUGGACUGUCCAUUGUGUAGUCUUGUGUGUGCAUACGUUCUGUGUAUUACAUUACAGUCGUACCUCGGCUUAAGUACUUAAUUCGUUCCGGAGGUCCGUUCUUAACCUGAAACUGUUCUUAACCUGAAGCACCGCUUUAGCUAAUGGGGCCUCCUGCUGCCGCCGUGCCGCCACCGCAUGAUUUCUGUUCUCAUCCUGAAGCAAAGUUCUUAACCCGAGGUACUAUUUCUGGGUUAGCGGAGUCUGUAACCUGAAGCAUAUGUAACCUGAAGCAUAUGUAACCCGAGGUACCACUGUAUUUCUUAUCAGUUGUGGUAUGAGAGUGGUUUGACUCAGUUUUAGGUUAUUUUCAUGCUUGAUUAGAAAGCAAAUGGGCAUUUUAUACUCCAAGGGAGAGGUAAAAGAGAGCUUCUUGUAGAGUGACAAUGUUUUCCUGCCUCUUGGAACUGGAGAAGUACAGUCCCACUUGGUGGUUUGGUAGUGCCCACUUAGAAACACCUUUUGGAUAAAACGAUGAGUUCCUUCUCAUUAAUGUGUCCUUCUUCUUCGUGUUGUUAUUUGAAGUACAGUGGUACCUUGGGUUACAUAUGCUUCAGGUUACAUACGCUUCAGGUUACAGACUCCGCUAACCCAGAAAUAGUACCUCGGGUUAAGAACUUUGCUUCAGGAUGAGAACAGAAAUCGUGCUGCGGCAGUGCGGCGACAGCAGGAGGCCCCAUUAGCUAAAGCGGUGCUUCAGGUUAAGAACAGUUUCAGGUUAAGAACAGACCUCCAGAACAAAUUAAGUACUUAACCUGAGGUACCAUCUGUACAUGAAUAAACAAAAUAAUCAGUCAGCUACUUUAGUUCUUAAUCAUUCAGUAUUUUUCAAGCACACCAGUAUAAACUCAGGGUUUUAAUGGUUGUUAAUUGGAUUUCAUUGUCUAGUGUUUUUAGAUGUUUAUAUGAUCAGGUGAAGGUAUGGUAUGUUUGUAAGUGAUUCUUUGUGUGUGAAGUAAUUUGUAUUUAUCUUUAAAAAAAAAAAAAUCUUGAAUAGAUUUCAGAACUUAAUGUCAAACAUGUUCUAUCUCUUUAACAAUAGCUGAAGUCUGGGAUAAGGAGUUUGACCCAGUCAUGGUAAUUCUCCGAACUGUUUACCGUAGAGAUGUGCAAUCUGCGAUGGACAGAUAUACAGCAUUGUAAGUUGAAUGUAUUCUAAAAUGAAUACUAUAUUAUGUAAUAGUAAUAUACAGUGCCUUUUAUUCUUAGGCAGUGAACCCGUUGGCAUGUCAUGCAAAGCCAGUUUGUUUUAAAUCGUGGCUCAAUCGUGAUUCUUAAUUGUGAAUUCUUUGUUCGCUUCAAACAAGCCAUGAGAAAUAAGACAGAAGUAAGCCCAGUUUUGUUACUGACUUUAUUUCUUGCUUACCGCUCGUGGUUUGUGUGAAUACAAAAACGUUCCAUACUAUGACUUGUCUGAGUACAUCCUUAAAAGUAGAUUGAGACUCAAUCUGCUGCCGUAGUUAGCAAGGGCAAAAUCAUUCCAAUUACAUAUUGUUGCCACUCACUUGAAACAAAUUAUUAUUCAGCUGGCUUGGGUCGGUAUACGGCUGAAGUCCUUACAAGUAUAAUUUUGUGCUUUUCACUGGUGCAAUUCUGUGAAACGUGUACCUUUUAAGUUUUUUUAAAAAAAACCUUCGUUUUGUGAAGUGGCAUGUCAGAAUGAUGUAUUACCUGCCAUUUUGAAGAAAUACAUAACCUUUUCAAUUUUUAGUGAACUGAAUAAUAUGUUCCUUGAAGCCAAGUAAAAACAAAUUGGAAGUCCACCUUUUGGAUUUCUCUUUCCCUCCCAUCUCCUCCCCUCCUACCCAAUAUUUGCAUCUUGAAGAACUGUUCUAGAUAUACUAACUGGAAAUGUUACCCAUCUAGAGAUUUGUAGUUGUUCUUCAUUCCCAUCUGUGUGGUACAACUACGUUUACUACCCAUAUUAUUAAAAGGAUGAUUUGUCAUUGGGAAACCUGCUCAGAAAACAAAGAAACAUUUUUGUUUUCAAGUCUCUUCACUUCCUUGUUUCUGCUUUCCUUUUGCCAGCUGUGAGAAAUUCUUUGAGCUGAAUCGCACUCUGGCAAAAAUGGGAACAGCCUGUUACCUGAAAAGAUUUUGCCCUCCUCCCGCACAUCUGGACUUGAGCUCAGUACAGAUGUUAUGCUUAACUGUCUUAAUCAGAGUUAAGAGAUUGGAAGCAGGCCACUUUUCUUUGUUGGUAUUAACCAUGGUGCACCAGAACAUCAGCACCAGUAUUAAUGUUAAUUGUAAACCUAGGCUUAGAAACUGGCUUGCAAACCUUUUGAAUUUCUCCUCCCCUUCCAUUAGUUUUUACCAUGGUAGCACUGUUGUUGCAUACUUUAUCUUGCUGUACUUAGGUUAACACUGACAAGGACAGGAGUGUAGAGUCCAUGUGGAAGGAGGAAUGGGUAGUAUCAGUUGUGCUGGUAAAAUCUAAGACCACAAUCAUAUGUACACUUAAAAGAGAGAAAACUCAAGAUUUACUUUCGAGUACAUGGUGCUGUGGUCUAAACCACAGAGCCUAGGACUUGCUGAUCAGAAGGUUGGCAGUUCGAAUCUCCGCGACGGUGUGAGCUCCCGUUGUUUGGUCCCAGCUCCUGCCGACCUAGCAGUUUGAAAGCACAUCAAAGUGCAAGUAGAUAAAUAGGUACCGCUCCGGCGGGAAGGUAAACGGCAUUUCCGUGCGCUGCUCUGGUUCGCCAGAAGCGGCUUAGUCAUGCUGGCCACAUGACCCGGAAGCUGUACGCCGGCUCCCUCGGCCAAUAAAAUGAGAUGAGCGCCACAACCGCAGAGUCAGUCACGACUGGACCUAAUGGUCAGGGGUCCCUUUACCUUUACCUUUUACAUACUUAGUACAUCUGUUGAGAUAUGAAGGUGGUGCUUGCCUCACUCUUUUUGUGAUCAUAAUGAAAGUUAUCAGCAGGAGAGAGGCAGGACUAUGAUGUUGAAAGCGCUUCAGAAUUCAGACCGUGGGAAGCCAAAACAAAAAUUAUUACAAUUUGGAAGAAAAUUGGACUUUUUUUAUUUUUUUUAUUGGAUUUGAUUUGAUAUGUUAAUUAGAUGUUUUUAUUGGAAAAUUAAUAAACGCUUUAAAAAAAAGAAAAGAAAGAAAGUUCUCAGCUUUCACCAUUCUAUCUGAUUUGCUGUUGGCUUUAGUAUUAGAAGAGCCAGAGCCCUUUAUCCAGGGUUGUAUCCAAUGAAGGCACCCUGUUAGUGCAAGGAUUUCUGCUUCCCAUCUCUCCCUAGCCCCUCAAAUCUGUUCCUGGAUUAUGGCGAAAACCCAUAAUGCAUUUGAGCCUAUUUUAUAACUGGCACCUGGCUUUCAAAAUGUUCGGUGCAAGCAUUUUUAAUUUUUCAUUUACUACCAGAAAUGCUGAAAAGGGCAUGCAGUCAAAUGGGCAUUCGUUGAGUAUCACAGUUCUCAGUUGUAUCUUCUGUAGCAUUAACUUUGAGCAGGUUAUUUUCUGGUUCUCUUACAGCUUAAAACAAAGUGGGAAAGUGCAUGGAAACCCCUGGCCUCCUUACAAGAAACGGACACAUUUACACCCAAGCUACAAAGGACUCAUGAGGCUGUUGCACUGCAAAACUUUACACAUUGUGUUAUUCACUCUGCUCUACAAGGUACUACUGAAUUGUUGGAGUAGGGAGGGGGAACCAAGGGACACAAAGCUACUUCAGAUUUCACAUAAUUUUGGUUUCUGGAGGAUGUUUGCUGUGGGUACAAUUUUGAAACAGUGAUUUAAAAAUAAAAUAAAAAGUUAAUAAAACUUGAUUUUCCAAGGAGAAAUGGAACAUAACUGAAUACAUUUUAAGAUUAUUGUUAAGAGAAAAUAGUGCCACCAAACCCUCUUGUUUGCUCCUGUCCUGAAACAUUCUGCACAUUUUCUCAGCUAUACAGGCUCAAGCUAAAUUAGGUGGCCAGACUAGAAUUUUUGAAACCUCACCUUGAGCUCAUCUCUCCCUCUCCCUCUCCCUCUCCCUCUCCCUCUCCCUCUCCCUCUCCCUCUCUCUCUGUGUACUUCUUUAAUUUGUUCCUUAAAAUUAAAGCUUGCAUAUUUCCACAACACAAACAUUAUCUAGUUGUGCUUGGGAAGGUGGUCUGUGUGUUUGUGAAUUGUGACCACCAUUUUUCUCUUUGUAAAUCGUUAGCAGCUGUCAUUCUGAGAGGUUUUCCUGUACUGAAUACUGAAUCAUGUGGAACUGAUGUAGCUAUAUAUUAUUUCUUUCUGUUUCCCUUCCCCUCCCACCGAAUUCUGAAGUGGAAAAAUUUUGAAAGGGAAAAAGGAAAGUAACAUUUACUUUUGCUUUAGAUAUUAAUGGAUCAUCAAAAUCUGUCGGAACAUGUCCUUUGCAUGGUUUUAUAUUUGAUUGAAUUGGGACUAGAGAACUCAUCCGAGCAGGAAUCUGAUGAAGAAGUAAGUGCUCACAUUUCUGUACCUUUUUGGUGUUGUGUUUGUAUCUAUAACUACAUUUUUAUUUUAUAGACAAUAUAUUUGCUCUGCUCGCAGCAAACUUUUACUGGAAUGGAGGGGUGGGGGUAAGGCAAUUUUCCUUCCUUCCUCCCUCCUGUGUCCCCUGGAAAGUUACUUGGGUGGGCUAGGGGACCCUACAGAAGAGCAUGGGAGGUGGCACUGUGGACUGUAGGAGGAGGGGGACAUUACUGAAAAUUGCCCCUUUCCUGCAGUUGGCGCCUCUGUUAGCAUGGCGUAGUGGUUAGAGUGCUGCCUUUGGCCCUGGGUGUAAAGGUAAAGGGACCCCUGACCAUUAGGUCAAGUCGUGGCCGACUUUGGGGUUGCAGCGCUCAUCUCGCUUUAUUGGCUGAGGGAGCUAGCGUACAGCUUCCGGGUCAUGUGGCCAGCAUGACUAAGCCGCUUCUGGCGAACCAGAGCAGCGCACAGAAAUGGCGUUUACCUUCCCGCCGGAGCAGUACCUAUUUAUCUACUUGCACUUUGAUGUGCUUUCAAACUGCUAGGUUGGCAGGAGCAGGGACCAAACAAUGGGAGCUUACCCCAUUGUGGGGAUUUGAACUGCCGACCUUCUGAUCGGCAAGUUCUAGGCUCUGUGGUUUAACCCACAGCGCCACCCGCGCACCAGGGUUCAAAUCCCCACUCAGCCAUGAAGCUCACGGGGUGACCAUGGGGCAGCUACUCACUCUCAGCCUAACCUACCUCACAGGGUUGCAUGUUCGCCACCUUGAACUCCUUGCAUGAAAAGUGAGCUCAUUAAAGAAGGCCCCAGACCGUCCUUCUCCAGCCUUGGGUCCUCAGAUGGACUACACUCCCAUCUGGGAACUCGGGGUUGGAGAAGACUGCCUUAGACCCUUCCACAGGCAGAAUGAGUCCCUCUGUUGGUGGAAGGACAUUUUGGAUCCAAUCCACUAUCUUUUCAGAGCCUUAUUUUAAUGGUGGGCUGCUCAUUGUGGGUGGAGGUUGGCCCCUAGGAAUAACUCAAAGACCUCUAGUGCAGUGAGCUCAGAGCCUGAAAAUCCCAACUCAGUCAUGAGCCCACCAGGUGCCUUUAGGCAAGCUAAACAGCCUCAGCUCACCAGGUGCCAUACAGGGAUAGCAAUACUUCACAAGGCUAUCAUGGCAACACGAGAACAGGGCCUUCUCUGCAGUUGCUCCCUGUCUGUGGAAUGCUCUCCCCAGGGAAGUUCGCCUGGCGCCUUCAUUAUACACCUUUAGGUGCCAGGCAAAAGCGUUCCUUUUUAACCAGGCCAUUGGUUAAUUUGAUUUACAUCCUAUGCCCUUUUAAAAUGUGGUUUUAUGUGGUGGAGGGUACUAUUGGGUUGUUGUUUUUAUUUUUAUUAUGUAUUUUGUGGUUUUAUAUCUUGAUUUUAUUAUGUGAACCGCCCUGAGACCCCCGGGUAUAGGGCGGUAUAGAAAUUCAAUAAAUAGUAAUAUUGGGAGAAUGUAUAUGGCGCGUAACAUUGCAUAGGACUGCCACCUUAGUAUUUCGAGAGUAUUUUCCCCAGCACUUAAAGUGCUCUGUAAAUACUAAAGUGGCAGCCCCAGUUAUUCAGGAAUAAUUUUCCUCCAUGUGCGGAUUGGAUGAGUUGCACUGACCACAUCUGGUGCUGAUGGCCUGCUUUGUUUUUGAUGUGCCAGGAUUCCAUAGGAGGACAAGAGCGCUGCCACGAUAGUUGGUUCCCAGGGAAUAACUUGGUGUCUAACAUGCGCCACUUCAUUAAUUACGUGCGUGUCAGAGUCCCAGAGACGGCCCCAGAGGUGAAAAGAGAACCACCUGCAAGUACAAGUGCCGAUGGCUCAGCAGCUUCUCAGGUAAGGAUGAGAUCUUGCAGAUUUAUUAUUACGGUUCAAUGCUGACCUCAAGGCCUUUUGCCUUUAUGUGGUUGACUUAAGCUUUGCUGAAUUUAUAGCUGUCCAUAUUUGAUACUUCAAGACCUGGUAUGUAAUAAUCACAUUUCUUAGGGUGUUUUAAUGUCAUCCUUUUCCUCCAACUUCCCAGAAUCCCAGGCGGCCUAAAGGACUUCAGAGAGAGGUAGAAUUCUGUGUAUCUUGCGUUCUAAUGGCAAGAUGGCUUUAGCUGUGCUGACCCUAACUUCCCUGCAAUUCCACAGUCUUUUCAAGAAUGUUAUUAAGAAAUAGCCGCCAAUGCAUAUUUCUAACAAUUGCAUUAAAAGAAAAGUGCAUUGGCCUAGAACAUGGCAAUCCUUUUUGGUUCCAAAUUAAUUGUGCCAUCUGCUGGAGAUAACCUUUUUUUUAAAAAAAGGGGGGGGGAGAGAAUUGCUAGCCUGUUGGAAUAAAUACUGGCUGCUUUGAGCGUGUGUGAAUUUCUGCUGCGGUUCUUGCUAACAUUUAAUAAUGCUGCUGCUCUUUAGCUUCCCAUUUUCAAUAAGCCUGGCCCUCAGUCUUGUUAGAAAUUACUUGAAAUGAUAAAUGGUUAGUUGAUUCAUCUUUGUGAACACAUGAUUAACUUGUUUGAAUGAUUUAUAGCCAAUUCAUAAUGGGGUUGCCACCUUUUCGGGUGGAGGGAUGGUGAAGAACAGAGCCAUGGCUCAUUUUCUUAUAGUAAAUCAAGUAUACACUACUACAUAUUUCAUUAGCAGCAAGGCUAUGCUAAAAGGAAAAUGCUUAAUGGAAGGCAAGCGUCACAGUUAUUUUUUAAGGACAGAGCAGCAACUCUGUAAAAUAAUCACAUUUGUCCUGGUAUAGCAAGUAUGUCCAACAGGUAGAUCGUGAUCUACCGGUAGAUCACUGCAGUAGAUCACUGGUAGAUCAUUGGCUCCCCCCAAAGAAGCUGAACAACUCUGGCUCCCCUAACUUUGACCUGAACCCCCCAAAAGGGGGUAGAUCACUGCCAGUUUUUAACUGUGAGUAGAUCGCAGUCUCUUGGGAGUUGGCCACCCCUGUGGUAUAGAACAAAUUUUAACAAAAAUUGCAGCUGUAAAACACACAUGGUUUUUUUGACCCACCUGCAGAGCCGAUAACACCCCCAGUCCCUCUUUAAAUAAUGCAACGUGCUCUUUUUUUCUACAUACAUAUCUCAAAUUUAUAACAAUUCUCAUAGUAAAACGUACACAGUGGUAUUCCAAACUUUUGAAAAGGGACUGGAGCCUUUUUAAUCAUAAAGCUUUUUAGCUGUAAACUUUGUGUAUUGGGGGGGGGGUUUGUUUUACUGCAUAAAUAUUGGGAAUGUUCAAAAGUGUUAAACAGUUUGGAACAGGCUGUGGGAUUACUUUUCCCCUGCCUUUGGAAGUGCUAAUUUCCCCAGUCCUUCCUCUGCUGGCCUUAACCGUGACUGAACUUAACAUCUGCAACUACAUUUGGUUAUGAUUAAGGCUAACCAAGACUGGAAAUCUGAGAGAACCUUGGUUACACUUAACUGCUGAUCAUAUUUGGGUUUGGAUACAACUCUAAACCAUAGCUUGUUCAGUUUUAACCCACCCAAGCCAACUAAUUAUGGUUUGUGUGAGGUCAACAAACUACUGCCUGAAAUUAUGGUUUUACGUUGGCUUGUGUUAACUGUGAUAUGUUAUAUCAAAACUCAGUAUCGUGGCUUAAUCCUAGUCCAUGCCUCUGCCAAAACAUUUGGAAACCAAAGUGCGGCUUCUGAUUGGCUGCAGGAAGCUCCUGCAGCCAAUCAGAAGCCCCGUCGGACAUUUGGCUUCCAAAAAUAGUUCACAAACCAGAACAGUCACUUCUGGUUUUCAGCGUUUGGGAGCCAAAACGAUCGAGAACUAAGGUGUUCAAAAACCAAGGUACGACUGUAGUUAAUUGUGGGUAAGAUUGGUGGGGGGGCAGGGUGGCUGCUUCAGAAGGGAAACUGGAGAGGCAGAUGAUCCUGUGGCCCGCUUUUAAUUGCAUUACUUCGUUAAGCAUUUGGGAGUUGUAUGUGUGCACCAGCCUCGGGAGAUUGUGAAGUAUAUUUUAAAUGUGAAUGUACUUUUAAGGUGUGGCAGUUUUUGUUUUAAACAGCUAAGUAACAAAUUGAAAUGAUUUUAAACAUAAUUUUAGUUUAGCUUGUAGUUUUCAUACUUACUGAUUACUAUAUCUAAUGCCCUUUUCUUAUUUUUCCCCCUUAAGAAUUCAGGAACAGCACAAGUGUUCAGUCUCGUUGCAGAGCGCAGAAAGAAGUUUCAGGAAAUCAUCAAUCGGAAUACUACUGAAGCCAAUCAGGCUGUUCGACCCAAGACUUCAAUGAAGUGGUCUGCUCCAGGUGCAACUCCCCAGCUGACAACAGCUAUCUUGGAAAUCAAGGAAAGCAUAUUGUCUUUGCUAGUGAAGCUUCACCAUAAACUGUCAGGAAAGCAGAACUCUUAUUACCCACCCUGGCUGGAUGACAUGGAAACGUUAAUUCAGUGCGAAAACCCUAAGUACUUACACGGGGAUGGAAUGACUGCGGUGGAAAGGAUUUUAUUGAAAGCUGCACUUCAAAGCAGAUUGAACAAACGUAUCAUUGAAGAAAUAUGUAGAAAAGUGACUCCACCUGUACCACCAAAAAAGAUUAGUCCGGCAGAGAAGAAAAUUUUGGACAAAGAAGAAAGGUAAUUGGUGGCGGCGGUGGCGGGGGGGGUUAUUUCAAUGUUUGAACCAAUUAGGAAGUUUGACAGUAUUCUGUGUUAACAGGCUUCUAGUUCUUCAUUUGAGACCUUUAUGAAUUUAGGGCACUGAUUGGCAGUAGACUUGACUACUGGACUAAUGCCAACUAUUGUUGAUGCUGGAAGAAAACAGACUGGCAGGAAGAGCUAGGGAAAUGGGUGCUUGCUGCAUUUCCUUUCUCCUUGUACCCAUGUCUCAAGAGGGAAAAUGUUAUAAUCUGCCCUCCACUGUUUUAACAGGGCUGCAUUUCUAAGGGCGUGCACAUGCAUGCAUUGAUUCUACCGGGGUACCUUGGUUUACAACCAUAAUCCGUUCCGGAGGUCUGUUUGCAAACCAAAACAGGUUGUAACCCAAGGCGCGCUUUCAGCAAUGGGGCCUCCAAAAAAAAUUUGUUUGUAAUCCCAAAAAAAAUGGGUUGUAAUCCAAAAAAAAGUUUGCAAACUGGGACACGCACUUCCGGGUUUGACGUGUUUGUAAUCCAAAACAUAUGCAAACCAGACUGUUUGCAAACCAAGGUACCACUGUAUUUGUAUAAAACACAUUUUCCCCUCUAAACCUUACUGGCAGUAUUUGCUCAGUGUGAUACCCUCACAUGAGCUUUCAUAAUACAAGAGUCACUUUGCGACCUAUAUUGUUGUGUUUGUUUGAACAUUCCUGCGCUAGCAGUUACCUGAUAGAAUAACCUGAGCAGGCAAGACUGCGUGUCAUCCUAACUCUUUUUGUGAAUCCCCACCCCCAGUGUGUGGUGAAAUGGGGGCCAGGCCCCUCCCUCCACACCUUUCAUGCGGCUUCUCACUCCACCUGACGGUCAAAUCACCAAGUUGCUUGGGAGCCAUUGCAGUAUUUCGUUGCGGAGGUAAAGGACCCCUGACAGUUAAGUCCAGUCACGAAUGACUCUGGGGUUGCGGCACUCAUCUCACUUUACUGGCCGAGGGAGCUGACGUUUGUCCACAGGCAGUUUUUCCCAGUCAUGUGGCCAGCAUGACUAAGCCGCUUCUGGCGAAACCAGAGCAGCACACGGAAACGCCGUUUACCUUCCCGCCGGAGCGGUACCUAUUUAUCUACUUUCACUUUUGGGGGUGCUUUCGAACUGCUAGGUUGGCAGGAGCUGGGACCGAGCAACGGGAGUUCACCCCAUCGUGGGGAUUCGAACCACCAACCUUCUGAUCAGCAAGUCCUAGGCUUAGUGGUUUAGACCACAGCGCCACCCAUGUCCCUCUUUGCGGAGGAGAGAACAUCAAAAGUCAUGGGGCAUGUGGAAGGACCUAUGCUGGCAGUUCCUCCCCAAACCAGCAUUGAUUUUCCGUGACCAUUUGGGGCAAUGUUGGUAUGUGGAAAACUCCUCUCCUCCCCUCCCCACUCCUGUCUGCCAUGGGGCUUCUGAAAACAAUGCUCAUGGUGGUUUGAUUGAUUGAUUGAUUGAUUGUAUUUGUACAGAGUUGUGCUACAGCUACUCCAUGCCGCAAACAUACUGUGUGACUCUUAAAUAUAUUUUUUUUAAAAUAAUUUUUAUUGAUGCUCUUUUCUCAUAACAAACAUUCAGUAUCACCACUUAGCAUUCAUUUUCUAGUUUCCCCCCUCCCUUUUGAAUGGACUCAAGCCGCUUCUUGUUCUCCCCCACCCCCCCACUCGCUGCUAACGCAGCGGCAAUGUAGCAGGGAAGCUGCGGCGAGUUACUCCCCGUUCGGCUGGUCUCCUCGAGACCGCACUCUUCUGUGGGGCUUUUUCAGGGGUGCGCGUAGCCCUAGCGCUUCCCCUACAGGUCCAAAAUAGCCCGGAACGGUCGUCUCUUAACCAGACGAUCCGUUUCGUGCUGCCAUUCCGCUCCGCAGACUCUUAAAUAUUGGGAAAGCGUGGGACCUGCCGUGAAAUGUAUAUUUUUUUAGGAAUCGCCUUAUCGCCAUGAUUUCAAAUUGCUUAAUUCCCCCCCCCCAUAUUGUGUUUUAAUUGUCGUAAUUCACCCUGCGACCUUAAGGUGAAGGGUGGGCAAUUAAUUAAGAAUCCAAAUUGGCCUAAUGAGCAUUGAGUGUGCCUGGUGGCUACAGAAUUCUGAAGGGACUGUUUUGGGGAGGAGGGAAUAUGGAACUGAGUGGCUGGAACCCGGAACAAGGAGCACUCCUCGCACUGCAACAUUUUUUGCUGUUGAUAUUUAGGGUUUGCCCGCCCCCCCCCCCCCUUUUAGCACUUGCACAAACCUUGGGGCUCCCUCAGCUCUGCAGAUCCUUUUCAUGCGUUUGUAUAGGUCAUGCAGCUGUUUUAGCUACAUACGGCAAUAGCUCACUCCUGGAAAUAGAGGAAAUGAUGCUUGCAAAAAGCCUUGACAGGAGAGGACGGGGAGGGGAGCGGGGAGCUGCGUACAUAUGCUUUUGUGUAAAUCCAAAACGGAGGUGAAUCUCCGCAGGCAAUUAAGCUGUUUUGUGUGACCUCAGUGUGUGGAAGGAAGUCGGUAGGAAUACAGAGUCCAGUUUGCCAUAAUGAAGACGGAGCAGGCUGUGAGCAGUCAAUGAUGACCUAUUUUCUGGUUUCUUCGUCCUGCAAAGACAAACUUGACAUCACCCACAUAAGUCGUUGCCAUAGAAACUAAGGCAUGGAGCUAAAGAAGAAUUCAGCAGUGCUGCGUUGCAAUAUUUUUUCAAUCACAGUGUGGAGCCCCCCCGGGCCAUGGUAGAAAAUCACUGAGCUCUACUGAAUUUGUCAGUUUGCUAUGGCCUCCUUAUUAAGGGUCUCUAUUUACAGUUAGCCUGUUUAGCAAAGGCAUAGCAUGCGCUGAGAGGAAUUCCCAGGGGGCUGCGGUGGGGCUCAGUAUUGUGAAAGCUGCCUCAUGUUCUUGAUACACCCUCCUUAAAUGGGACUGAAUUGUGCUUAACUGGGUACUCAGUUGCACUUGUCAUAUAAUAAGUGAUGGUGACGAUGUGACGGUGAUUUUAAAUUGCAUAAGCUAAAUCUUUGGUAUCCUUGAAGAUCUAGAAGGUUAACUGCAUAAGUUACGUAAUUUUUUAAAAAUGGGAAUAAAAACUUGCUUGCGUGUAUUCCUCUCAUCGAAAGCCACAAUUUGGAUGAGAGGAUUUACUCACUUGUUAAAGCUAUGAAAAAUAUUUGGUGCCAUGUCCUUUGCGUAUAUCAGCAGCUAAUUAGUCCAUUAUUGUGACAGGAUAAUGGCAAAAAAGCAUUGUAUCUAGGGCAGAAGAAUUCUGAUUUGUUCUUGACAAGAGGUUUGUGCUGUCAAGUUAAAAAUUCCACUAGCUGUGUAAUUACGUUUUCUGUAGGCUUUUGUGCUGUUUCUCUAGAGUUUUUAGGGAAGCUCAAAUCCUUCUCUGAGACAGUAAAAGCAUGGUUUUUGGUUGUGCAAAACCCCAGCGUUUUAACUUAGUCAGGUUCCUAAUAAUAUCAACAUUCAUUUUCUGCAUACAUUUCAUCCUGCUGCAAAUGUUUUUUUUAAAAAAAUAAAUAUUGUAUUUUUAUGUUGUGAACCACGAGAUCCAUGGACAGAAGGCGGUAUACAAAUUUAAUUGAUAAUAAUAAUAAUAAUCUGCCAUCUUUUCACAAGAGAUCUAUAAAGCCCUGGACAACUUCAGACCUCAAUACCUGCAAUCACACUUCUCUCCACCCUGUCUUGACCAAGCAUUGAGAUUUUCCAGGGAAGGCCAAAGCUCCUUAGCAUACUGUCUUGAUGUGUUACACAACAUGUCGUUAAUGUGGGAGAGGGUCUCCUCUGUAGUGGUGCCCUACUUGCAGAAUGUCCUCCACUCUGGCACCAAUCUUCUUUUUUUUUGGUGUCAGGCUAAAACCGGGUUAUUUAGCCAUUUGUAAUGGCCAUUGCUUGUUUUAAAGAUUCUUUACUGUUUCAUUGUGCAUCCAUUCCUGAUCUGCAGUUGGGAGUUGUUGUUUUAAUUACUACUGUGUCCCACUCUGAAAUGCUUGGAUGGAGGAUAUAUUUUAAUCAAUUAAUAAAGUGUGGUCAAUAAAGCCCUCUCUGCAGUGUGGGUGGAGCAUGUUCUGCUCCUGUCUUAGACUUGUCUGGAGUUCAACUAAGAAGAGAAGGAAGAGGUAGAGGGCAAGCAUACAUCAAGGGCUUCUGGUAUAUUUGGUCAUUAAAGCUUUGGGGUCUUGGGAGAUUGACAUGCAAUAACAUCUGGCAAAAAUGAUAGUUUCAGGUUUUAUAUAACGUUUAAGAUCAUCUUGUACUCUACCAACCUAAAAACAGAGCUUAUGAAUUGAGCUGUCUUGGCAUUUGUUCACAAUUGUCCACCUUCUUCUCUUUCACCUAGGCGACAGAAGGCCAGGGAGAGGCAACAAAAGUUGUUGGCUGAAUUUGCAUCAAGGCAGAAAAGCUUUAUGGAAACCGCCAUGGAUGUUGGUAAGGUUUUAUUCUCCAUUUUUCUUAAUGUGUUUUUUUUUCUUCAGGUCUCAAGAACUUUGCAAAUGAGGCUAAAGGAGUAUUGUUUCCUAGGGCACAUUUAAUGAUAAGAAACAGGAUAUUUAGACUGAAGGGAGUGAGAAACAGCUUCCCCACUGGAGUUCAUCGUAGAACCAUCAAGGAGAGUUCUUGCUGUUGCCAUAAAAGAAGUGGCUCAGUCUUCUGGUUUAGCCACAUAACUGUAGUGAUGGCCCUUCACUCAGAUCUAUUCAAAUCCUGCAUAUAAACUUGCCCAGCAGCUUUUUUGCAUGGGGUUGAAAUGGUAGGGGAGGGUAAAAGGAGCCCCCCCAAGCUCACUGAAGGUUCGGGGAGAUGAUGUGCAAAUGCCAUCUCCCAGUGCUCCUACCAAGAGUGAAUGGAACUCCUGAAGGAUAGCUCCACAAAUACCUGGCAGGGACCUCAGUUAUAUUAUUAGCACUCAAGAUGUUGUUGUUGUUUAGUUGAUUAGUCGUUUCCGACUCUUUGUGACCCCAUGGGCCAGAGCACGCCAGGCUCUCCUGUCUUCCACUACCUCCUGGAGUUUCGUCAAAUUCAUGUUGGUCACAUCUAUAACACUGUCCAACCAUCUCGUCCUCUUCUUCUUGUGCCCUCCAUCUUUCCCAGCAUCAGGGUCUUUUCCAGGGAGUCUUCUCUUCUCAUGAGGUGGCCAAAGUAUUGGAGCCUCAGCUUCAGGAUCUGUCCUUCCAGUGAGCACUCAGGGUUAAUUUCCUUCAGAAUGAAUAGGUUUGAUCUUCUUGCCAUCCAUGGGACUCUCCUCCAGCACCACAAUUCAAAAGCAUCGAUUCUGCGGCGAUCAGCCUUCUUUGUGGUCCAGCUCUCACUUCCAUACAUCACUACUACCAAAUAUGGCUGGAUGAUUUUGUAGGACUGAUAGGAUACUGUUUUCUCUGAUCUCUCCUAAGCAUCCGUUAGAAACACAGGAGUUAUCAGACCCUAUCCACAUAGAGUGUGUCUGAAGCUUCAGGGCUACUACCCAAACCACUUCUCAAAAAAGAGAGGGGGGAGAUUGGGUUCUAGCUAAGCAAGGGAGUUCAGGAAGUGGCUUUUUGAUCAAGCACUACCCAGUCAACCUUUGUAUCAUUUCCACUUCCUCUAGCCAGACUUUGCCAGCCAGGGUGGAUUUGCCAGUCCAUUCUGGAGAUACUUCCCACAUCGCUUGAUUGAGCAUUUCGUAAGCCACCCCGAGAAAUCUUUAAAGGGCAGGAUGUGAGUACUUUGGUGGGCAGUAUUGGUGGAUGGUACAUUUCCGGGCACAAUUCAAAGUGUUUGUGCUGACCUUUCAAGCCCUAAACAGCCUCGGCCCAGUAUACCUGAAGGAGCAUCUCCACCCCCAUCAUUCUACCCGGACACUGAGGUCCAGUUCCAAGGGCCUUCUGGCGCCUCCCUCGCUGCAAGAAGCGAAGCUACAGGGAACCAGGCAGAGGGUCUUCUCAGUAGUGGUGCCCACCCUAUGGAAUGCCCUCCCAUCAGAUGUCAAGGAAAUAAACAACUAUCUGAUGUUUAGAAGAUAUCUGAAGGCAGCCCUGUUUAGGGAAGCUUUUAAGGUUUGAUGUUUUAUUGUGCUUUUAAUAUUUUGCUGGAAGCCACCCAGAGUGACUGGAGAAACCCAGCCAGGUGGGCAGGUUAUAAAUAUUAUUAUCAUCAUCAUCAUCAUCAUCAUCAUCAAAUAAUCAAGACAAAAAUGUGCUCCCCAAGACCCAGGUUCUGGCUCAGCAGAUAAACUGGUAGAUGCAGUGUCUGAUGCCAAACAGAAGUGAUUUCGGGAGUGAGAAGACAAGCCAAGAAGUAGGACAUUUUCUGUGUUGACCUGAAACAAUUCUGUGUAAGGGCUAGAAUAGCAGCAGAGUCAUCUGCCAUCUCUAUAGCUUUUGUCUAAGCAGUCUGGUUGCUGCAUGGUUGGGAAGCUACCUGAGAAAACUGUGUAUGCCACCUUGAGUUCCUUAUAGUAAUAUUACUGAUAAUAAUUUAAUUCUUUUAUACCCUGCCCAUCUGGCUGGGUUUCCCCAGUUCCUUGGGGGAAAGGCAGAAUAAAAAUGCAAUACAUACAUAAGAACUCAUGAGUGGCCAACCAAUGGUGUAAGUCAGGGAUAGCAGGACCUGAUGGAAAACCCAUUGGUCCCCAUUCCUGGUAUAAGCGGUUGGAUUUUGUGACACUGCUAUUGUCAGUGGAGAAAGACACAUUCAGUCCAUAUUGCAGCAGAUGGCUGACUUUCAAAACUGUCUGACUUGCAAGUGGAAUCACCUCAUUUUAGAAUUUUAUCACUUGUGAUUUUUUUUUAAAUUAUACAGAACUUAAUGUGUUGUGAUUUAAUGUUAAUCCAGAGAAUUCAUAUGGAACAUCCUUUUGACAAGUGGGUAAUACUCUUUUUCUAGUCUCUUAUUAACUCAGCGUGAUUCUGUAGCCCAGCUUUCAAUUCCUGGAGCAAAUUAUUUUUGAGGAGUUGCAGGUAGGGAAGGUACAUACUCAUUUUAAUAGCAAGGUGACACAGGUUUUCCCAGCACCUCUCCUUCUGGAUUUUAUAGGACAAUAGAUUAGCUUCUACUCGUCAUCUGGGAAUACACAUGCUGUGUUAGGGCAAAAUAUAUUAACAUUCUGAGAGUUGCUUCCGUGCUUGGAGACCACCUUGACACACAGUGCUUUGCAAGUGCAAUGUUGCUUCCAGUUAACAGAUUGUAAAAACCACACUUAGCAUGUGGAGUUUCCAGUGCUUAAGCUAAGGCGUUGCAGAAACAUACAAUAUUUAGUGUGAAGUUAUGCAUUAUUCUCAUGGAUCAAGAUAAUUUCAGUAAGCUAGUUCUACUUGGUAUUUGAUUUGAGGGUUUUGCUCUGUUUUGUUUUUAAAGAUUUAUACAUUUGACAUUGUUGAAAGCUGUCUAUGGGCAAUUAGGAGUACCAACCAUACAUUUUAUCCCCAGUUCCUUUAUUCACAGUAAUCUACUAUUAGCUGGUUAAAAAACCAUUUGUGGCUAGUGGUAGCAAUUGCAAUUGCCCUAGUGUAGUGGUAAUAGGAUACAUCAGGCUUCCUCCACCUCGGCCCUCCAGAUGUUUUGAGACUACAAUUCCCAGCAUCCCUGACCACUGGUCCUGCUAGCUAGGGAUCAUGGGAGCUGUAGGCCAAAAACAUCGGGAGGGCUGAGGUUGAGGAAGCCUGGUAUACAUUUAUUUUCCCAGUUGCUUACAAAUGCCUAGGUAAUCUCAAUAUGACCCACUACUGCUGCUGCUACUACUACUACUACUAAUAAUAACAACUUAUUAUUUAUACCCCACCCAUCUGGCUGGGUUUCCCCAGCCUCUCUGGGCGGCUUCCUACAAAAGAUUAAAAAUACAUUAAAACAUCAGUCAUUAAAAGCUUCCCUAAACAGGGCUGCCUUCAGAUGUCUUCUAAACGUCAGAUAGUUGUUUAUUUCUUUGACAUCUGAUGGGAAGGUGUUCCACAGGGCAGGCGCCACUACCGAGAAGGCCCUCUGCCUGGUUCCCUGUAACCUCACUUAUCACAGUGAGGAAACUGCCAGAAGGCCCUCGGCGCUGGACCUCAGUGUCCAGGUUGAACGUUGGCAGUAGAGACGCUCCUUCAGGUAUACUGGACCGAGGCCGUUUUAAAGGUCAUAAUUGAAAAUAAUGGCUAUUUCUGAACCAUUGAGAAUUUUUCCUUCUCUUAUAAUAAAGCUGUGAGCAUGAUUCCACUAAUUCUAAUUAAUAAUAACGCUUGCACAUACUGUUUUUGAACUGCUGUAGCCUUUUAGCUAGACCUACAUGUAAUGUUCUCCAGCCUGUAUGAUCUAACUGCAUAACUAUGAACUAUGCAUUUGCUAUAUUUAAAGUAAUAUAUUCAAGUUCUUAAUUUAGGCCGGUACUGCAGUGGCUUUGAAAUCUGGUUUGGAAAACUUUUUUUUUUUUAACUGUUAUUAAACAGCACACGGAUUUUGUGCCAAAAUCUAAAGUAGCUCACCGUGUGCUGUUUUCAUGCACUACAGCAAUAAGGACACUUUAACAAGAUAUGCUAUCUUUAGUUAAGUGGUUGAUUUAAUCAGUUUUAUGCAGCUAUAGCAAUUGCCUAAGAAAUCAGUGAUAUUAUUGAAGAUGCUUUCUCCUUUCCUAUACUGAACAACAGAGGUGACUUCCUUAUUGUUGCUUUGGUCCUGCUGCUAUGUAGUUAGUAAUUGAAACAUUGCGUAUUCAAAUCCUAUUGAUUUUAGCAGGAAAAGUUGAAGCACACAUUUUAAUAAUCUGUCAAAGUACAGGAAUACUCAGUGCAGGAUGUUCCUUCUGCAUGGCUGUGCAGCCUGUGGCUGGAGGGGUAACCAGAUGUAAUGGUUAAAACAAUAAUGAAUUGUUUUCUGUACAAAAUCCUAUGAUUCUGUAGAUUGACGAUUGAUUUGUAUAGUGUGGUUGACUUCUCUUAUCACAGCAAGCCUUAACAUUUGAAUGUUUUUAUAUUCAAUACUCAGUUGAAAAUACUUGCCAUUAUAUUUCCAAGCCAUUAAAAAGCUUUUUAAAAAGUGAUUUAUUAGGAAAGCUUUCCUAAUGGAUUCUUUUUUAUCUUUGGAAACGGUGACCUGAAUUCCUUUAUAGGUUGAAAACAUACAGGAGAAAUGUUGUUUUCCUAUUUCCUAUUUACAUAAUGUCUAGCUUCCCUGAGAGAAAUUAAUAUGGAAAGACUAUACUUUCAGGGAUCACUUCUAUAGUGCAUAACUAGAUAAAUUAAUAUAGAAAUGAAUUGGUUUUUAAACAUGAAAACUACCGUAUUCAUUUCAUCUGUUGUUCUUCCAAUUGCCACUGGGUGGUGGUAAAAGUGCAUAUAGUGUCAAAAACAAUAAUCUUAAGUGUCAAAAGACAAUAUGCUUCUUUUUCUUCCUGCUCCCUGGUUUCCCCCCUAGAUUUUUAGUUUUAAGAAACUAAAGGAAAACAGCAUCUUCCCUGUGACCAAGGUUACACUUUUCUCCUUGCCUGUGAUAAUGGAAUUCCCCGUCAGGGACUUGAAUGUGCAGCCAAUCUCUGCAGAAAGCAGUUUUGCCAGCCCAAUGCUUGGGGUUUUGCUCACCAUAGAGCUGGAAAGCUCCUUGUGCUGUGGUUCCUGGCAACCAGCUUCAGAAGCACCUUGCAAGGGACUUUGACAGGUGGGCAGAACAACCCACCUAUAAUUUAUCUGAUUACAUCAGUUUAUUGGCCGGUGGGUUGUCUCACUCCCCUGCCAAAGUUGGUCCAAGUGGGUGGGGACAGAUAAUGAUCUGGCCCACCAGGCCAAAAGUGUUCGCCACCCCUGUUCUAGUCCCUCAGUGAGAGAAACGUCCCACAUGAUGCUUUCCAAAUGUUCUUCUGGUUUUUCUCAUCCGUUGUCUCAUGCCAGGUCCCAACUUUUCAAAGUUUGGAUUGAAAAAACAGGAGUUAGAUAGAUAAGGGGCUAUUGAGAUGAAACACACGGAACAUUCCAAUGCCUCCACAUUAAUGACUAAAUCAGUGAUGGUGGUGGUGGUUUUAUUUGAUGUGCAUUUUUCUUUUCUUUUUGUGUACAUAAGUUGGCUGCAGCUAUAUGGCUUGCAAAACUGGCCGAUGCAGGAGCUUCUCAGUCUCUACCUGUAGUGGAGGUGGGGACAAGCUUGUCCUACCACCCAAAUAUUGCAAGGAACAUGCUUUACACACUCUCUCUCUCUCUCUCUCUCUGUGUGUGUAUAUAUAUAUAUAGAUAUAUAUAUAUAUAUACACACACACACACACACACACACACACACACACAUAACAUAAACAUAAUUUAUAGUAGCAUGGAGAUACAGCUCAGUGUGAACAAAAUUAAAUAUAUGUGCCAUCCUUAGGUGGAAAAUAGCAACACGCUGCAUUUUGUAAUUGGUAUAAUGAUCCAGCUGACAGGCCUACCUUGCAUUUUACCCAUUUACUUACGAGAGUCUCAGUUCUUCACUAAUACAGUUUCCUUCCUCUGAUCCUUAGAGUCACCAGACGCAGAAAUUGCUAUGGAGAUAGCAACAGCAGAACAGCAUGUCCCUGAAGCUGUGUAUGAUUGCGUAAUUUGUGGACAGAGCGGCCCUUCCACUGAGGAGCGACCGGCUGGAUUAGUUGUGCUCUUACAGGCCUCUUCAGGUAGGACUGAAGAAACAGCUGGAAGAGUUGGAAGAAGAUAGGUAGAUAUCUGAGAAUGUUUUAAUGGCAGCUAGAUUUUGCUGCACUUCAAAGGAACUGCAAGAAAAGUGUACAUACGGCCAUCUCACAUGGUCAUACAGUGGUACCUCUGGAUGUGAACGGGAUCUGUUCCAGAGCCCCGUUCUCAUCCAGAAGCAAAUGCAACCCGCAUCUGUGCGUGCGUGAGUCGUGAUUCGACAUUUCUGCACAUGCGCGCGACAUCCUUUUGACCCUCUGCGCAUGUGCGAGUGGCAAAACCCGGAAGUAACACACUCCGUUACUUCCAGGUCGCCGCAGCGUGCAACCCAAAAAUACUUAUCCCGAAGCUACUUCAGCCCGAGGUAUGACUGUAUUCUUGAGCUUUUUGUUGUAUAAAACCAAAGCGAGGCACCAUUUUCGCCCUAAGGGUUGUGUGUCCCAUCAUGGCAACCUCCGCAUGCCCCUUGUGAACAGAGUCAGAGACACAAGUGGGUGGGGCAACAGACAUGAUUCUUACCUUUGCACUGUACGCUGUGUUCUAGACCAUGCAGAAGCCAGAGGUUUCUAUCCAUGCACACACCCUCUCCAGGAAAGCAAGGUGCAUUCUCACACUUUGCAAACACGUUUCUGCCGGCAAAAGUCUCUGGUUAGGAAGCCAUGGACCUAGCCAGGCAAGAGUGCGUGUCCUGCUGGGAGAAUAUGGUGUGCGGCUGUGACCUGUGGCUAAAAAGUCGAACCACUUCAGUUGCGCUUCGUUUCCCGCUCUGCUGAUGACGACAUUAUUUCUCCCUGCAGUUUUGGGGCAGUGCCGCAAUACUACUGAGCCCAAGAAGCUGCCAACCUCUGAAAAGGAGCAGAUUUAUCCUUGGGAUACGUGUGCGGCAGUGUAUGAAGCCCGCCUCGCCACUUUACAGCACUUCUUUAAAGAUGUAAGUUUUCUGCAGCAGCAUGUUGCGAUGGUGUUCUGUUUCCUGCGAUUCGUUUAAAUAUUUAGCUAUGUUAACUGCUAUAAUUCUUCUUAUGGCUUCUUUGAAUUCUAAUAGCAACUACGAAUUACUUCAAAUGAUCUCUGUGAGUGUCCCACAGGGAUCCGAGAACCUGUGUCUCUGAUUGUGCACACUGUUCAGUUUAGGACAUGUAUAUUAAAAUGCUUGUUCGGCAGUGAAAAUAGUUGUUUAUCAGUGUCACAAUUAGGACUGUGGCAAACCAGCAGUUUUAAGGGCAUUUUGUUUCCCAGAAGAGGAGUGCAAUUUGAAAGGGACAGAGCACUGAUUUAUGGCAGUGAUUUCAUCUCCAUUCUCCUCCUCCUCCUCCUCCUCCUCCUCCUCCUCCCCCUCCUCCUCCUCCUCCUCCCUCCUCCUCCUCCUCCCUCCUCCUCCUCCUCUUCCUCUUCCUCUUCCUCUUCCUCUUCCUCUGCCUCUGCCUCUUCCUCUUCCUCUUCCUCUCCUCCUUCCAAAAAAGAAAAACUAUUGCCUCUGGUACUGGGAUCAGCAGUGAUGGAACAGAGCCCUGACCACCACAUUUCCUCCUAAGAAUGUCUCUUGAACUAUACAAGCAUGUUUGCACAAAAAAAGGAGAGAGGAGUCCACUGUUGUCCCGGCAAACUGUUUCAGGGCCCAGUAGUUGUAGUUCAGAAAAAAAAUACUGAAAUUGUUCGACAUCAUUUGUCACCUACAAAUGGAAUGGUGAAUUUGGCUGGGUCCUGAUUACAACUCCUUGUUUGUGAAAUGAGUAUACAACUGAAGGAAUUUUUAAAAAUGUUUGGAGUGUCGCACUAAGAAAUCAGGUGUCAUUUUCUGCUUCACUUUGUUGCCAUAUCUUCUACCUCUCAUUUACAUUGUUUGCUGAAAGGAGCAAAGCUACGUGCAAGAACAUUUCCUUCUGUAGAGGGGAAACACAAUAAUUUCACAUCCUUAUGCCCUUUCCUUAGAGCAAAUGGGAAGCACGAAACAUGGCUUUUCAACAACUCUAGCAGGUAGACCUUGUUACUACAUCUAGUUAAAAUAUUCCCAUAAAACCAGAAUUUACUUAAAUUGUAGUCUAAAAUAUAAAAGCAUUGCUUCCUUUCUAGCCAACUGAAUAGUUUGGGGUGCAUGCAUAACCCACUGCACACAAAGAACAUUUUCAUACAUUUCAAACGUUUUAGUCAUUUUUACUGUUUAGUUAAACAUGCAUUUGAUUUGAUCUGAAGUGCCUUGGUACCUAUUAGCAGAGCACUUUAUUAGCAAUUACAGAUUUUUCUGAAAUACAGCAUCUUGUGCACUGGCAAUCCUCCCACUUAGGAAACUGGAUUACUCUUUGAUUUUUAAAAAAGUAUAGUCCAACUCGGAUAUUACUUGGAUCAAAUGUUUUUGCUUUCUUUCAGCUUUCCAGAUCAUUAUUGUGCUAAAAUGGUCACAGUAGGAAAGAAUUAAUCCUUAAAUUUCUCUUGGCACAGAAACAGAAACCUCUGUUAAGGCCCUUGAAUAGUUUGUUCACCUCAGCUAAGGAAUAGGGGAACAAAUCCUGUUUUUCUAAAGUUACUUUUUUCCAGUUUUUUAAACACACACACACACACACAACUUUUAUUCAGCUGGAUCUCAAAGGAGCUCAGUUGCAGCACCUCUCAGGUGUGCGCCAUUGCCAUUCUAAGAGAACAAGGGAGAAGUUCACGUCCCCUCUUUUUCUAGAAUAAUAGUACUGUGUAUGAUAAUAACAACAACAAUAAUAGGAAAAAACAGCAGCAGUUCACAUUUAUUAUACAUUAACAAUCAGUUCAUUCAUUUUAAAAUAAACAUAAAUUCAUAUAAGCUCUCAUAUGUCCAAAUAGGUAUCCUCAUGAAAUUGAUAUCUGUAAUAAAUAUGUUCAAAUGUAGCCAGACAGUAUGGUCCACAGACCAUCGAAUCCUUCCAGGCUUAUUUGCGAUUUAGGUGAGAGGUAUAAAAUUUUAACCCACGUUAUAAAUUCUUUAGAAAAUCUAAAUUUGUCCAAAGUAGCAAACAUAAAGUGCCUUGGUGGUAUCCUAGCAUCCGCUGAGAAUCACUUUUCAGGUGAGUGCUAAUGGGACCUUUUCAGCAUCUAAGAAAAUAAGUGCAGCUGGAUCAGUUCUAAGACUGUUUAAAGCAGCCAGUUGGGUCACCAAUCUUGGGUGAUUAGCUCCCUGUCUAUGCUGAAUAAAACUUGCUUGAUUCACAUGCAGUACGGUUAAUACCACUGCCUUAACUCUUAUUAGCCAGAAUCUCUGUUCAUACCCUAACAUCUAUUCCAGUUAAAGAAAUUGGCCUAUAACUUGCAGAAUUUGUCAUGGUCUUUACCAGGUUUAGAUGUAACAGAAAUAUAUGCAUCAUACAUUGGAAGCUGAACAGGAACCUUAUUCGAAGACUUUUUGAUAAACACAUAGAUGAUUAGGGAUUAAACAAAAAAACUGACUUUCUUGGCCCUGGCUCUUUGUUGGUCUUCACUUUAUGAAUAACAUUCUAUGUUUAAAUUAGACAAUUAAUUACAUGUAAUUUAUUUUAAUUGUGAUUAAUUACAUUUUAAUUGGUGGCGGAAACAUAUAUGAAUGUUUUUUUACCCCCUUUUUUUUACCUUUUAAAAAGAGUUCCUGUCUGCAAUCGGUAUCAAUUGGCUGGGAAGGAGGUGUGUAUGUACAAACCUGUGGCCACACGUUACACAUAGAUUGCCAUAAAUCCUACAUGGAAUCAUUGCGGGUAAGUUAAAAUGGACAUUUCUGGAUAUUGAGCUUUUUUACUCAUUAAGUACUAUAGGCUUUGCUGUUGACCUCGAUAGAAUCCCAGUGAUGCCUUUAUGUACCAUCUGGAUUUUUUAAACAAGGUGCAAAAUCCAUCUUUUGAAAUACAAUGCAGUGCUUUAUGCCCCCCCCAAAUAUUCUCAUAUAUAAUGCAUUAUGGUAUUGGUCAUGAAAAAGAAGUUUUCAAUGCUGUACUAUUUCAUUGAAGUUGGAUGGGCUUCACAGUACAUGGCCCCUGUUGUAUUUGGUAACAUUUGACUUUGCUGAUCUGCUAUGUUAGAAACAUCUGACUAUGGUCUGUACAGGUGAUGCAGAAAUGGAGCUUAAAUUAUUGCUUCCCAGGCCUCAUCUCACUGAUUCAAAUAAGAUAACUUCCAUACUUGAAUCAAAAUGGCUUGCAGCAACCACUCUGUGCCAAUGGGGAAUGGAGUGUGGGAUCUAACAGUUUAAAAAAGUGAUCACAAUUCACAACCUGGACAAGGUAUGUUCAGUGGUCUUAAAAAUUAAAAGAGGGGUCCCUGACAAACAACUGCUUUGUGCUUAUCACGAUGAAAACCUCACUCACCUGAGCUCUCAUUGGUUCUGUGAAAGGAAGUGUAGUCACAGACAAUCUGUGAAAGUAACAAUUUUUUCUAGCCACCAGUGUUGCCCUCCAUUGCUUGUGACAGAGUCCCCCCUCCCUAAAAGGGUAAAGGGACCCCUGACUGUUAGGUCAAUUCGCGGAUGACUCUCGGGUUGUGGUGCUCAUCUCGCUUUACUGGCCGAGGGAGCCGGCGUACAGCUUCCGGGGCAUGUGUCCAGCAUGACUAAGCCACCUCUGGUGAACCAGAGCAGCGCACAGAAACACUGUUUACCUUCCCGCCGAAGCGGUACCUAUUUAUCUACUUGCACUUUGACGUGCUUUUGAAAUGCUAGGUUGGCAGGAGCAGGGACCGAGCAACGGGAGCUCACCCCGUCGUGGGGAUUCGAACCUCCGACCUUCUGAUUGGCAAGUCCUAGGCUCUGUGGUUUAACCCACAGCGCCACCCAUCAGUGCAAACAUUAGUUGAACCCGGUCCAUAGUCUUUCAAGUGUUUUGUUGAGGUUGUUACAGGUACCGAGGAUAAGAAAAUGAUCAUUCAGUUCUCUUUUCCUAGAGAAUCUCUGUUGCCAUGUCUACAGAGAAUUGAAUGUUUGCUGCUAUAAUUUACAAGUAGAGAGUACUUAUCAUUAAGGACCCUUUAAAAAAGAAAGUCCCCCCCCCCCCGGCCCACCCCCAACAUGCUGUUCCUUUAAUAUCCUUCUCCUGCUUGUUGAUUUUCUGCUGCAAAUGGACCUUGCACUGGCAUUCUGUGUUUGCAUUACAGUGAUGAAAAGGUUGUCUGAAUAAUUAGAAGUCUCAACAUUAAGCAUUUAUUCAUUAAAUUGCUUGGUUACAAAAAUAACUACACUUUAACUUGUAGCUGAGCAAUUGUUCUUUUAUUUCUGGCCUUGCUGUCACUAGAACUCAGCAGUGUCGCUUCACGAAUUCAUUUGUAUUUUUAUUUCCUUUAGAAUGACCAGGUUCUCCAGGGCUUUUCAGUGGACAAAGGAGAAUUUACUUGUCCUCUGUGCAGGCAGUUUGCUAACAGCGUUCUUCCAUGUUAUCCUGGCAACAAUGUGGAGAGGAGCCUUUGGCAAUGUCACAGUAACAAGACUAUGCAAGAUCUCAUAAAGGAAGUGGAAGAUCUUCAAGAGCAGCUGGGAACUUUCCCAGUAAGCAUCAGUGUAAGGCAGAAAGAUCCUUGUUAAUUUGUCUCCAUCUUUCAACAUUCCUUUUCAUUCUCUGUUUCUCUCUUCUUCCCCAAACUCAUUUGCAUUUUAUAGAAUUUUAAAGCUGAAUAUCCUCUCCCAUCUCUCUGUUAAGCACUUAAGAGCUUAAAUAACGUUAACAUUUUAACAGUUAAGCUCUGUUACAUCACCUUUAAAAUAGGAGAUGAUUAUGUGAGCAUUUUGCUCCCGCAUUUCAGUCUAUGUAUUUAUUGGUCGUUAAAAGGCAUUCUUUCCAGCUUCUCAUCUUAUACAGAACUGAAUUGUAUUACAUGGAACUCAUAAUUUCUUUAUGGUACAAAGCAUCAAUCACUUGUAACUAGAAACCAUUUGACGUGUGUCAAUCAAGAGUGCAGAUUAUUCCUUUUACUAGGACUUUAAUGCAUUUUGAAGUUUCACAGUGACAUUCAAAAAGGUGCUGUUAAAAUUAUAAGUUUUACUGUGCUCCAGUCUUAGUUAUAGAUACGUUAAAACAGUACUUUUUCUUGAGAUGUAUUAGUGUUUUAAAAUUCUGUGUUCAUAUUGACUUAUUCCAAUGUAUGCCUAGUUGAAUAUGUUUAAUAUAAAAUGCAUAUGGUGCCUUUGAGGGCAAACUCCUUCAAAGGCGGUUGUAUACAAGAAAUAAUUGUAGGAUUUUAAGAGUGCUUCGUCCAUCUCCAUAAUUGUUUAGAUUUAGUUUCAUUCUGUAGAAUUCGGUAUUUCCGCUGUUGAUGUAUGACUGUUACGUAAUUCGUAAAAGUAAUUCUUAACUUUCUGAGGGUGUCUUAAUUCUGUAAUCACCUCUUACUGUAGCUAAGUGAAGUCAGCCAUCUUUCUUUUUUACAGUCAGAAACCAAUUUAAGUAAAGAAAUGGAGUCUGUGAUGAAGGAUAUCAAAAGUACUACCCAGAAGAAAUAUACUGACUAUAGCAAGUCUCCUGGAUCACCAGACAAUGACUUUCUUUUCAUGUAUUCUGUAGCCAGGUGGGUAAGACAUCUGUUUUACAGCCCCUUCCUGUUUGUCAACUACUUGUUACCUCUUUGGUUAAAUAAACUGCAUGCUUGAUAUUUUUCCUAUAUCGUGGCAAAGCUCCCUUGACUAACCAAGUUUUGAAGAGGACUCUGGCAGUGUCAUGCAUAGAGUCAGAGAUUCUUCAUAACGAAUGUUACACCCAUUCCCCUUGAGAUAAAUGUUUGCACUUGUACUUGAGCAAAUUUUUCCAUUCUCUUCAAUGCUCAAAUACACAUACAUUCCACUUUUCCUUGGAGUGAAAGUGGGGUGCCGUCCUGUGUUUUGGGGGCUCAGGGUUUGAUUGCAGCUUCUAUGUUGCAAAAAGGUGCUGGACGUCUGCAUGGCGUCCAGUCCAUGUACACUGAAGUAAGUGGUUUUUACAGCUCUCAGUUCUGCUUUAUUACCUACAGCCACAAGUGUUGCUUGCAGAGUCUAUUUCAUUCAUCUCUUUUCCUUCUAAUUCUUAUCUUUUCUGCAUUAACAUUAAAAACUUUGACUAUGGGGUCAUGCAUGAACAUGUGCACACAUAAACAUGAUAAUGUAAUUUGGAUAGUUGGCUGUUUGGAUUUUUAAUGUAAGGCAGCGGAGAGUGCUUAACUACUUUAGACCUGUAACUUUCAAUUUAUUGCUCAAGGUAAUACAAGCGCUUCUUACAAGAUAUUUUGUACUUAGCUCUAGGGCAGGAAUCGGGAACCUUUUUUGGUCCCUUGGGCAAGAUCCUUAUCAGGAAUGGCCUUGCAGGACAAAUUUGAAACUUAAAAGGAGCAGGGAAAGGGCUGGAAUUUCUGUUUAUCAGCCUAUGCAGAAAUAAACCCUGUCACCCUGCCCUUCAGCUGUGACAUCAUCCAUGGGCAUAGUUUGGAGAAAACAGCCAAGUAGACCACAUUGACUCCCCUGGCUGGCCUGUAUUUAUCUUUAGGUUCCCCCUCCUUGUUGUAGGAACAGAGAGCAGUUCUGGAAAUGAGGGCAGUGGAAGAAAUCCCUGAGCCCAAGCACAAAUGGGUAUAUUUGUAUUGCUCUAUGUAACAUAUGGGACACGGGUGGCGCAGUGGGUUAAACCACAGAGCCUAGGACUUGCUGAUCAGAAGGUUGGCGGUUCGAAUCCCCGCAACGGGGUGAGCUCCCGUUGCUUGGUCCCUGCUCCUGCCAACCUAGCAGUUUGAAAGCACGUCAAAGUGCAAGUAGAUAAAUAGGUACCGCUCCAGCAGGAAGGUAAACGGCGUUUCCGUGUGCUGCUCUGGUUUGCCAAAAGCGAUUUAGUCAUGCUGGCCACACAAUCCGGAAGCUGUCUGUGGACAAACGCCGGCUCCCUCGGCCAAUAAAGCGAGAUGAGCGCCGCAACCCCAGAGUCGGUCACGACUGGACCUAAUGGUCAGGGGUCCCUUUACCUUUAUGUAACAUAUAGACCAGAGAGAAUAAAAGACUGCAGUUUUUGUAGAGUUAAGAUGAGAGCUGUUUUGUCAGCUGUUCCUCACUCAUCAGCAGGAAUACUUGAAACUUAAAUUGCUGACUCCAGAAAAUAUAUAUUUCUAAUACUUCCUAAUUAACACACUGGGAAGAACUUUUAAAGAAAGAAUUCCCAUUGAUAAGACAUUUGAGCACAUUCAGAAGCCUUCAUUGCAGAAAGCUGAAAACAUGAGAUCAGCCUUCUUGAGUGCGGUUUUCCUUAUUCCCUUCCCCCAUCUGCAAAGUGUUUAAAAUGUGGGAAGGAGAGUAGCUGACAGAUAAGAGUGCUGAUUAUGGUGGAAAGGUUUCCCCAGAUUUUCAUUUCAUUUAUAACUUAGUCUAUUUUCUGUAAAACCAUGCAAGCAACUAAUUCACCCUGUAAGCCAACCUACUGAUUACCACUAGUAUUCCAAUUCCUUGCUUAGUUACAGAUAUACUGUCGCUUCCAGAUUUCUUCUAGUGCCACCACCAUCCAGGCUAUUGCCUACCUCUUCCUCCCCCAUAAUAAGCUCUUUCUAGUUUGCCUGUUUUGAAUUAAGUUGCUGUUGUACACAUGUACUCAUUCACCUUCGAUAAUUUAAUCAUUCGUCUGCAAGCUUCUCUUGACCUAGUGCUCCCCCUACCCCACCAGUACACAUCACCAGCUGCUUUACAAGUCAGUGGAGGUGCCCCAAGGCAUCCUCCACCCCCUAUCUCAUUUUUUAAGCAUAAUACAUCAAAAUUAUUGGUGCAUGUGGGUCUUUCAACAGAAGUUUGUGCAGCAUUUUCUUGAACCUUCAGAAAUCCAGUGAAGCUAUAAAGAACAGGGAUUCCUCCCCCCGCCCCCAAGAUUGAUGAAUGGUUUUAUACCCUGACCUUUAUAAAAAAAUAUUAGGAACGGAAUGUGAUUGGAAAAUGCAUACUGCAGUCCUCAAACCUCUUGCCUCUUACUCAUAAGCGGGCAUUUUUGUUAAGCAGAGAAUUUCAGGACUCUGGCUUUCAUCAGUGGACUUUAGAGGUCGUUAAAGGUCAUACGGUGAAACCCUUUGCAGAGAAGAAAAAAUCACUGCACAGAACCAGUCGUAAUCAAUGUUCGUGGAGAGUAAGAUCUAGCUGAAGUAGCUUUGAAAAGAGCAUUUUUAAUUUGCUUCCUAAGUUGGUAACUUAAAAGUAAAAAAAAAGGUAAAGGACCCCUGACAGUUAAAUCCAGUCGCGAACGACUCUGGGGUUGCAGCGCUUAUCUUGCUUUACUGGCCAAGGGAACCGACAUCUGUCCACAGGCAAUUUUUCCGGGUCAUGUGGCCAGCAUGACUAAGCCACUUCUGGCGAAACCAGAGCAGCGCACGGAAAUGCCAUUUACCUCCCCGCCGGAGCGGUACCUAUUUAUCUACUUGCACUUGACAUGCUUUCGAAUUGCUAGGUUGGCAGGAGCAGGGAUCGAGCAACAGGAGCUCACCCCGUUGCAGGGAUUCGAACUGCCAUCCUUCCGAUCAUCAAGCCCUAGGCUCAGUGGUUUAGACCACAGCGCCACCCGCGUCCCUAAAUUAAAAGUACAUUGAUUUUUUUUUUAAAAAAAAAAACUGCGUAAGUUUGUGCCAGGGACUAAUGGGGAUGUCUCCCUUGAACGAUUUUUCUCAUAUCAUAUCACAUGCAGGUUUUGAUUCUCCCGUCAUUAUAGGACCAGCUUCAGGUUUUUGUUGGGACAAGAGAGCUAACUUUGGGCCUCAGCCCUUUUACUCCUAUAGCAGGAGUCUAGUGGUCAGAAGUCCAUGAAUGAGCCAGUAUCUGAAACUAUGGUUUAGAUCUGACUGGUUCUUACUAAACAGAGUUUAAACAAACCAAGUUCUCUGUAUUUGACUUAACCACUGCUGAGACCCUAGAAUUAGGGAAAUCUGUUUAAAAGUGGAAGCAGUUGCUUCUGUUUGCUGCCUAGUAGCAGCAAACGGGGGGGAAAAGAAAGUAUACAAGUCCGAGACUCACUGUGGCUUGUUCACAAAACUAUAAGUUUUUCGUAAUAAAUAUUAGAGAACAUGUGAACUAAACAGUUAAUCUUAAAGUUAUUGUUAUAUGCUGUUGUGAGAGUUUUCUAUCUACUCUGGUCAUUUAGAUACAUAUCAAAGAAGAUCUUCCUCCAACUCUCAAACACCUUUUUUGGGAAAAUUUUGUGUGAUUCAUAAUAGAGAUAAUCAACAUCAUUUCAUUAAAAAAAAAAAAGCCUGCUAAGAGUGGGUAGCUUUAAAAGAAUUAGUCUUCACAUAACAUUGAUUAUGACCCUUUGGUCAUGUGUUUCUCAUUAAAAACAUAUUUUAAGUUUAUUUAUAUAAUUGUCAUUCCAUAAGUUUUUCAGCAGCAUUUUAAGAAAUGUAACAUUAAGAAAAAGGAGGCUUGAUUCCCUCUUGUCCCCAAGUGUUUCUCAAGGAGGGCAUGACAUGAAUGCUUGACAGGAAUCCAGUUAUGUAAUUGCUGGCAGAGAGUACAAUAAAAGCUGGUUACUAAGAGAACCCUUUUGUGCUGUGUUCUCUGCAUGUGAAUGGAUCACUGCAGGGGAAACAAUGUGUUUGAGGGAAAUGUUUGUCCUGCACUCAUGUGGGAUCACUUUUAGGCAGGGGUAGGCAACCUAAGGCCCGGGGGACAGAUGCGACCCAAUUACCUUCUCAAUCUGGCCUGCGGGCGGUCUGGGAAUCAGCUAGUUUUUACAUGAGUAGAAUGUGUCCUUUUAUUUAAAAUGCAUUCCUGGGUUAUUUGUGGGGCAAAGGAAUUCGUUCAUUCGCCCCCCCCCCCAAAAAAAAAGUCUGGCCCACCACAUGGUCUGAAGGACGUUGGACCAGCCCAUGGCUGAAAAAGGUUGCUGACCCCUGCUUUUAGGCAUUUGAGGGUUCAGAUGAAAGUCAUGCUUAAAUCAGAGAGAGAUAAAGAAUUCAGACAGGCUUUUGUGAGGUCUGUCAGGGGAAAACUGUCCAGUAAAGCUCUGGAGCCAUAUGGAGGAGAAUGUUUGGAAGCACAUCCAAAACGAAUUUAUUUGCAUUAGACUAAGUCAGGGGCAUCCAAGAGUCUGUGAUCCACUCACAGUAUUAAAAAACUGGCAGUGAUCUACCCAUUGUCAGAGUUGUUGAGCUUUUUUUUCUCUCUCUCUCUCACUGUGAGAGUGACAUCUCACAGCAGAGGACUUGUGUCCUUGCUGCAAUGAAGACUAAACCCUUUGGAAGUGAGUGACUUUCAACUGCUGUAGAACGAGACACGCAAUUUCAGUGGCCACCUCCUACAUAGCUGUGGAAGGCAUUUUUGCCACAUCAAGUAUGCCUUGUUCAUUUAGAGCAAUUCUUGAAGUUGCCUUGGGUAUUAGUGUCUGUUUUUACACUGGACAUGCAUAAUUUGCUGAGAAGCAAAGGUGAGAAACCUUUGACAUCUGACAAAAUGGACUGCUUAAAAGAUUUCCAAUAACCGUUAAGCAAAUAUUUUUCCUACAGUAAGUGCAGGCGAUUUUACUCGAGGCAGUAAAUUAGAAAAAUGAAAAAGGUGUGCAAAUAAACACUUGUCUCAUUAAUAUUCCACAGUGAAUUAACCUGUGAUCUGUGUUUCCUGUUCUGUCCACUAAUACGAAAUUCGUGUCCCAGCUUCUUUGCUGGUAGCUUUUUAGAAGUUCAGCAAGCGCUGCAAAUUGCCCGAAGAGUGGAAAAUUCCCUUGUCACGUGGAUGGCCUUAUCAGCAGCAACCAGAUGGAGCUCAGAGCCCAAACAUUAUCAAUGUUAAAUUGCUUUUUCCUGGAAUAGGGAGGAUUAAAGCGUUCCUUCAAAAAUGGGUGACAUGAGCCACUGCAAACUUAGGGAUAUUAAUAUUUUGAAACGUUACUAUUUUAGUAAUGUGCUAAUAUAUUUUAACAAACAUUCUGUAAAGAAAGUCAUCUUCUGACUGAUGCAGCUGGAAUCUUUGCAAAAUAUUUUGCUUUGAAUGAAAUACUUCCAGCUUCCCUGCAUUCUUCUGAUUAGCUGUACUCAGUGUAAUGCCACAGUUUAGUGGCGAACACAGCCCACCUAAGGGGGUCUGUUAAAGUGACAAAACCUCUUCCCUCUCUCCUCCCUCUUACUCCUUCUCACUGUGGGAAGGAAAUAACAAUUGAUUGAGCUGUUGGCUAGAAAUUUAAAGCACUGGGAGAAAUCAGGUUUCUGCUCAGCUUCUUGAAUAGCUCUGGAAAAUCUAGGCAGCUUGAAAUCAGGUGGCUCUGGAGAGACUUUGUCAAAUACUGUCCUGCCCAUAUUUUGUGGGGAGGGUUCUGUGCGUAUUUGAGGCUGAGACUUCUCCUAGUAAUGCAAUAGCUGGUGGCUGGCGUCACAAAUAUAUAUUUACAGAAAUACGUUUGCAGUAGUCACACCCAUACUCCGUGGUAAGCUACUUUUGAAAGUUGCAUAAAUGACAAUAUUUGCAGAGUUAUUGUUGGAUUAUGCACUGGGGGUAUAUAGGUCGAGAGACCCUCUUUCUACCAAAUCUUCUGGUUGCAAAACAUUAAAGAGGGGGGAUAGAAUAGAUGUACCAGCCUUGAUCAAAGUGAAGGGAAACGUACAGGGGCAGUUUCAUUUCUUUACAACCUCUAGAUAAUUUACAUAUAACCUACUGUAUUCUUUUUAUUCAGGACCAACUUGGAACUUGAACUGGUUCACCGGGGAGGCAAUCUGUGCCUAGGAGGUGCAAGCACAGCUGGGAAGAGAUCGUGUUUACGUAUGUAUAAAGUUGUCUCAAUUUGAUUUAGAUUGAUUUAAAUAUUUAUUUUUUAUUUAUUAAAUUUGUAUACCGCCCUUCAUCCAAAGAUCACAGGGCGGUUCACAACAUAAACAUACAAAAUGAGAACACAAAAUACGUAGUAAAACAAACUGAUAACCCCCCUCCCACAAACACAUUUAAAAGGCCACAAGAGUGUCAAUCAGCUAAAUGCCUGGUUGGAGAGAAAUGUUUUCACCUGGUGUCUAAAUAUAUGUAAUGAAGGCGGCAGGUGAGUUUCUCUGGAGAGCGCAUUCAAUAUUAUGUUCCCAGGGUCCGGUUCAGUUCAUAUAGGAAUAUGAACCGAUAUGCCCUAAAGAUCCAUGAUGUCAACUCAAACUACACUGAUGUGUGUGGCAAUGUUUCUGACGUUACGGCGGACGGCGUAUUAGACAGCUUCAUUGUUUAAUUCAUUUGGUUUAUUUGGUACAGUCGUACCUUGGUUUUCGAACAGCUUAGUUCUCGAAUGUUUUGGCUCCCAAACACUGCAAGCCCAGAAGUGACUACUUUUGGAAGCCGAACGUCCGGCGGGGCUUCCACGGCUUCCGAUUGGCAGCACGAGGUUCCUGCAGCCAAUCAGAAGCCACACUUUGGUUUCCAAACGUUUUGGAAGUCAAACGGACUUCCAGAACGGAUUCCGUUUGACUUCCAAGGUAUGACCGUAUUUGGGUUUGGUAGUACAACCUAGGGCUGUAUAGAUUGACCGUGUUUAUGAAGUGGAUAACUUUCGAAGAACACAUGUAAACACAAGGACCUCCCUUUCUGCCAUCUAGUGGGAUGUACACCUUUCCACACUUUGUUGUUGUUGUUUAAUAAUUUUUAUUAAAUUUUCCAUUUUAACAAUCAAAUCAAAUCAUAUUAAAUAUUCCAAAUUAUACAACUACAUACCAUAUAGUCCGAAUAUUCUGCCAAAUUAUAAAUUUUUAUUGGGACUUCCCAUGCUUCAAGUUCGGGGGGGGGGGCUCUGAUCAUCUUAUAAUAAUAAUAAUAAUAAUAAUAAUAAUAAUAAUUUAUUAUUUGUACCCCGCCCAUCUGGCUGGGUUUCCCCAGCCACUCUGGGCGGCUUCCAUAGAAACAAAAAAUACAGUAAAAUAUCACAAAUUAAAAGCUUCCCUGAACAGGCCUUAUAUCUCUACUGCCUUGAGUUUCUUAUAGUUCCUUUAAAUCUUCCUGUUGUUAACCUUCCUUCUUUCACGGCCUCGUGAGUUGUUUCCACAGGCAAGUUGAAGUAAGCAAUGAUGUGCUUCUGUGUGAAUUUUGUAUGCUUCACUCUCCUAUUGUUGCAGUAUCUCCUCACAUGCUGGUGUUUAUGCCGAAUCAAUCCAAAAGUCAUUUCACUGCUGGCAGACGCCAUCUUCUCUCAGUUCCGAUGAAAUCAAAUCUAGGCAUUUGCUCAUUAAUUUUCCCAGACCGGUUGCAUCAAACAUUAGCCUUUCCAGGGGAGAGUUGCCAAAUCGGACUUGAAGUGCAGAUAUAAUAACAAAUUAAGAGCUCACCUCCCCCACCUUUACACACUUUGUACAGUGGUGCCCCGCAAGACAAAUGCCUCGCAAGACGGAAAACCCGCUAGACGAAAGGGUUUUCCGUUUUGGAGGUGCUUCGCAAAACGAAUUUCCUAUGUGCUUGCUUCACAAGACGAAAAUGUCUUGCAAGUUCCUGCGGGGUUUUUUUCCUCCCCCCCCCCUUUUUCCCAAGCCGCUAAACCGCUUAUCAGCUGAUCGGCUAAGCCGCUUAACAGCUGAUCGCUAAGCCGCUUAUCAGCUGAUCGUUAAGCCGCUUAUCAGCUGAUCGUUAAGCCGCUUAUUAGCUGAUCCUUAAGCCGCUUAACAGCUGAUCGCUAAGCCGCUUAUCAGCUGAUCCGCUAAGCCCGCUAAGCCGCUAAUACUGUAGCGCUAAUCCGCUAAACCGCUAAUGGGCUUGCUUCGCAAGACGAAAAAACCCGCAAGACGAAGAGACUCGCGGAACGGAUUCUUUUCGUCUUGCGAGGCACCACUGUACUUGUACUGUACACCUAUAGAGGCUAUUAGAUUACAAAAAGUGUGGGAUGUCCUUGGGUUGAGAAUGGCCAGAAGACUUUACAUCAUGCAUUGUAUGUGUGGGGCUUAGCUGCACGCUUGUGAGGAUUCCCACCAUAUGGGGAAGGGAGAAGGUUAUGUAUCCUCUAUUAACAGAAAUAUCCAACCAGGAGCUAAAAGUAUCAACUCCUUUCAGCCAAAAAGCUGAGCCGUAAACAGGCUGCAAAGCAGGCCGCAGGGUUGAAAAGAUAGAUGUUCCAGCUGGGUUAAAGCUAGAAAGGCUGGCAGAAAAAGAAAUAUAACUUGGUACCACUAACCACAAUACAAAGCAAAGUUGUCAGGGUGGGCUUCUUUGAAGAUACCACACAUGAUGGUCCACGUCAGAUGUAAUGCUAAACUAUGGUUUGAUACGGCAUGUAUGAACAAAAGUGAGCUUCAGGCUUGCACACCCAUCCUCUUCCAGUACAGCUGCAAGGAGAUUGGAAGCAUCGACUUCCUGGACUUCAUUGUUACAUCUGAAUUGGUGGUGGCGGUUCUGGUUAGUUCAAACUGUGGUUGCUGUAACAAGCCAGGAUCAUGAGCCACACUUUAAACUAACUACAGUUUUGCCAGUUCUGAUAUAUGGAUAAAGAUUUGCAAAUAAACUCUGGGAUGGUUUUAAAAAGGAAAUGGACGUUUUCGAUCUCUUUGCAGCUCUGCCAGUUAUGAUAACUUCCAUUGUAGCUGUUUAUCUCAACUAUAUAUUUAAGUAAUAGAAUUGAUCAGAAGCUUAAUUUUGAAUUUUUUUAAUGGGGGGGGUUUCUCUCUCUCCCCCCCCCAUUUGCUUUCUCCCUGUUUAGAUUCAAAUCCAUGAUACACUUCUUGUAUUGACUGGGAUAGGGCCAUUUUGUUACACUCUCAACAACAUGCUUCUGUUCAAGUAUAGCCCAAUGAAAAUCCUUGCAGAUCUUUACUCCCAUAGAUCUUUCAGUCAUUUUCUUGAAUUUUGCGUAAUGAGGUCUCUCUCUCUCUCUCUCUCUCUCUCUCUUUCUCUCUUUCUCUCUUUCUCUAUCUCCCUUGUGAUUGAGUACAGUGUUCUGCACGAGUCUUGUAACAAUUGUAAAGUUUGUUGAUUAGAUAUGGAAUAUGGUGUCCCAGGUGAGCUCUUACAGCUGCGAGUGUCAGUGAAGAUGUGGGAGCAAAUAGGUCAAGUGCUGUUUUAGAAGAUUGUGCGGAGGGGGCAGCUGUACGCUGAGAAGUAAAAUUAGGAAUGAUUAAUGUAGCUGUUCAUGCCGUUGGCUUAGACAGGGUGACAAGAACAGUGAACUAAAUCUAGCUAUUUAAAUGCCUCCUUUUUAAGGCCUAGAUCUUCAGGUGUGUUUUAGACAUAGUACACAGCAAGCUGGUAGUCUAAUACUACAUAAUCUGCUGAUCUUUAUUGGUUUCAGGAAAGCCAAAAAGAGUGACUAUAAUUUCCAUUAUUGUCAGCUGUUAUAGGAAAGCUUGCAAUUGCUUUUUGAAUUUUGCAAGUCUUCAAGCACUUUCCUUUUACAAGUCUUCAAGCACAAUCUUUUGCCCAAUGUGGGGCACAAACCCACGACUCUGAAAUUAAGAGUCUCAUUGUCUUCCAACAGAGCUGUUUAUAAAUUUUCUAUUAGUUUUGGGUGAUAGCCAACAUUUGUCAUACUUGAAGCCUGUUGAAUUCAAUGGACAUGAGUAACUGGUUUGCUCUGGGUAUAACUCAGUUAGCUAGGAUAGCUAGGAUCCUUUAUAUUUUAAAACAAAUAUGAACUAUAGCUCUCCCUUAGAUGCAAGAUGUCCUUGGCUGGGUUUAAGUUUCCCCUAGUACUCAGAGGCCGGAAUGCUGGUGUUUCAAAGAAAGUUAUUGGCUGUUUCAGCUUCUGAAGCCUCAGCUUGUUCCUCCAGUGCUUAGUGUGGGCUUCUUUCUACUGAGCUAUAUAGUGCUAAACUAUGCUUUAGCUUUAUGUAUGAAUGCCGCCUCUGUCAUGUGUGAAUGCGCCAUUAGGCUGGUGUCAGGGGUUCAUUUAUCCUUGAAAAGGAGUUUACAUGUGAUAUAGGCUUUACAUACUUGGAACUUUGUGUGUAAGGGAUCGGGCUGUGAAAACAACAACCACAAAUACAAAAUUUGCAACCCAAGCUGUAAUCCUAGGCCAGGCUUCCUGAAACUUGGCCCUCCAGAUGUUUUGAGACUACAAUUCCCAUCAUCCCUGACUUACUAGCUAGGGAUCAUGGGAUUUAUAGGCCAAAAACAUCUGGAGGGCCGAGGUUGAGGAAGCCUGUCCUAGGUAUUCUUACUGGAGACUAAAGCCCAAUUGCUCUUAGUCAGACGAACUUUUGAGAAAACAUGCUUUGGACUGUACUGUCAAGCGUUUCUGUUUAUAUAUCUUGCUUUCCAUUUACCCAUGGUACGGCCCAGAUCAAAUUAAACCAUAGUUUAAAAUGAACUGUGGUUUAAUAUGAAUGAGCAGUGUGCUGGUGCUUGUUAUUGAUAUGCCUCUUGUGGUUUUUUGGGGGGGUGGGAAGGGUUUACUGUGGCAGUAGAGUAUUUUGGGGGUCCUAAUUGUCCUUUGGUCAAUAUCGGACUACCAUCUGCACUGCUAAAGUAUAGUGACUUUCUGCUCUGUAUUGUGUAUACAGUAUAUAAUGCUCAUAUAAGUGAAUGCUAAGCACCUUAACAUUAGAGUAAGCAAAAAAAAAAAUGUUUGCAGAGUAGAAACAAACAGCUAGCCAUCUCUGAUUUGUGAAAACAUAAAUGGGUUUUUGGUGGAACUAUGAACACUGUUAAAGGUCCAGUUCUGAUCCUUUUUCUUUGCUGCUGUGUUCCCAUUAGGGGGCAAUGUUAGUCUUUUUGUUUCUGUCCAGUGAUAGAACAGCAGAACCAAAUUCUAAUAUAGAGAAUCAUUUUUGUUUUGCAACAAUUAUAGAAUAUAUAAAUUUUCUCUAGAAGCAAGGUAACUGUGUCUUCAGUUUAGCUAGCUUUUAUGGUUGUUAGUCUUAGAGGGUGACCUGAAUAAAGCUAAUUUAAUACUGAAAUGAUCUUAGCAUGAAUAAGAUUGCAUUUGCUAGGCCCAGAGAAGCAAUGUUUCUUUCUUUUGUUAUGCUGCCAGGGAACCAAAAUGCACCUGUGCAAAUUCUUCACUAUCUAAAAGAGAAAAGCUACAAUUUACAAGGAUAAUGUACAAGUAAAGGGAAUUUUGCAGAAGCAGCACUGGAAUAAAUAGAGACUGUACAGGAAUGGCGCUAUUUGGUUGGCAUCCACAUUGUGAGGUGCCAGGAUUUAAUAUCUCUCUGACUGAACAGUGCAAUUCUAUGCACAUAUAUUCAGAUGUAAGCCCCAUUGAGUGCAAUGGGAGCUGUUCCCAGGUAAAUGAAUCUAGGACUGCUGUCUCCAUGUUUAAAUUGACAGUUAUCUUUGGUGGAAGUAGCUCUACUUAACUAAGCUGAGAAAAGGCUUAUUUGGACAACUUUGUUCUAGGUAGGAGUGGGAAUGUCAUCUGAAACCCUGGGGAGUCGAGCCAUCAGUUUCACAGUACUGAGACAGAGGGACAGUGAUCUGACAUAGGCAGUUCCCUGUGUUCCUAUGAUUUGGUGUUACAUACACAAGCCUCAGGUCUGACCUACUUCCUCACCUUCUACACACAAUUUUUUCUUUGCACCUGAAUUUUCAGCAAACCAAAGCUUGCCUUUUCAUCCAUACCAAGGAAACUAUGGUUUGUUCAAACCUUGGUUUUUCCACAUGGAAUGCUUUUAUUGUUGUUUGUGUGUAGGGAUUUAAUUUAGUGACUAAUUAGAGGCACCUCUUCAGAGUUGAGAACUUCAGUCCAUUUUAUAACAGCUGCCUGCAGAAAACUCCCUCAACUCUUAAGCAGGGCUGGGCUUGUAGAGAGAGUUCCUGGAUUGUCACUUAUGUCACCAGACGCCAGAAAUACAUUAUAAAAAUUCAAUAACAAAUAAUCCCUGAUAUAGAAAUAGAGAGCUAAAGGUUAGCAGGCAAUAGACUAAUAAACAUACUGACAAAUGCAAAACAGCAAACAAUUACGGGACCCAACCCAGGACAUGUAGUUGUGAAGAUGCCUGCUUGGUCUUACCUCUGUUCCUUUAUACACUAGGAAUUGUCAAUUGCACUCAGUGGUCACCACAAAUACAUGGGACGGCUAGGUUAAACCCCCUACCCAGAGGGCAUAGCGAUUCUUUUUUUGGGGGGGUGGGGAAAUGCUAUGAAGCUGACAAAGUUCCUCUUUUGUUAGGUCCUGAUGAGCUAACGUAUCACCUGUCCUCUUUUCUUCACCUGAUAUAGGUGUAUGUCCUGCCUAAUGAAAUGUUUGGGUGCAUCCUGGUACAUGAAGUUGGGACAACAGCAUAAGCCCUCAGAUGUCCAGUGAACCUUUUACUCCCUGAACAACUUUUAAAAUAAGAGUAUCUUGUCUCAUUGCAGCUCUAAGUAGGCAACCUGUGUUUGAGCAAACCGCUGUUUCCUUGAUUUGGAUGAAAAUGCAAGCUGUGGUUUGCUAAGGCCCUGGAUGAAGGUGCAGAAAUUGCAUCGCAUGGAAGGAGAGGGAGAAAAUAGUGUACAACCCACAAGCUGAAGCCUUUUGGGCAUGGCACGUACUGUCAAACCAUGGUUUAGUGUACACAACAUGUAAACCUUUGCUGAACUCCUUUCUGCUAGCUAGUGCUUUCUGUUUCCAUAACAACAACAUGAAUGGUAUAAAGUGUGUGUGUGUGUGUGUGUGUGUGUGUGUGUGUGUGUGUGUUUAGAACUAGGGAAGGGAAUGUUUUUACUGCAGCUUCAAUACAAUUUUUUCAACUUAAUUCAGUAUUUUUCCCUCAUAGGCUUCAAAAUAGACAUAUGUAGGAUAAUGCUGUCAGUAUAAAUAAAUAAAAUGCCAGUCUUUUGCCAGGAAACUUGUUUUGCCCUCAUUCACUGCAUCUGAUUCAGAAAACAGGUGAUGGCAAUCAGUUCCAAUGUCAUCUGCGCCUUCAAUUAUUUCCCAAACCCCAGGAACUAAUUACAGCCCUCAAGCUCUGCUAAAAUCAGCUGACAUAAGCAUGAGGCUGUUUUGGCCUCCCAAGUGCCUAUGAAUAAUUGUCUAUUUGUGGAAAAUAAAUUAAUUCCUCUUGUGAUUUAUAUUUAAAUGUGAUAUCUCCUGGUCUGUUCAGCUGGUAGCCAGGGAUAGAAGAACAGAAAUGAGAGAUAGUAAAUAAAAGAAAGUGUGAGCAAUAAAGGAUUUAUAUUUUGCAAAGGAAAUAGAUACGAAAACUUCAUAUCUAUGUGUGGAAAUGGUAGAUUGACUAUGAGCUGACUGUCAACUAAAAUGAUGGUAUCAUGAAAUAAUCAACAAAAACCAACUGAUCUUUGAAGGAAUUAAAAAUUGUGUAAAAAUGUGUAUUUUCCCAUUAUAGAUUCAGUUGUGAAGAAGCAUGCAAAAAGAAAUUCAAAACAUGGCAGGGGAUCCCAUAAUCAUGCCUGCAUUGUGGCAGCCUGGCUCAAAUAGAAGAGAGCAAUUAUGAGUCGUAGAUUUCCUUAUCUGGAUUAAUUUUGCAGUACUCUCCUCAUCAGUCUGGUUCUGUAGAACUAGACAAGAUCUAAGACUCGGCAGUCGUGUAAUUUAGGAAAUGUCUCUCUUUAAACUGGCUCAUUUGGUUACAAAUGAUCCCCAAGGGGAAAUAAACUGUUCGCUGCGCCAAAAUACAGCCACCUCUGUAUUAGAUACCAGAUUAGCUAUAUAUACACCAAGAAAAGUGGUGUGUGACAUUCUGUUGCAUUUCUCCUACUUUAUUAUCGGUUGCAGUUUUAUUACUGUAUUGCUUUAUUCAGUGUUACUGUAAAGAGACAGUGCUUAAGACUCCAUCUGAAAGAGAACCCCACACUGAAAACAGAUAAUAGAAUUUGCCUCUUGAAUGGAUAUAGAAAUGGUGAUUUGCUGUGUAAUGGCAGUGCUCUAGAGAAGGCCCUUAUUAAGCCACUGUGUCUCACCUGCAGAAACCUUUGGGAAGCUGCUGAACACCGUGGUUCAGCCUCAUUUCCUUUUCUUGCAUGGAUGUGACUCGAGCAAUUGCAAUGUAAAACUUUUGAUUUAUUAUAUUUGUAUCCUGACCCUCUCUCCAAAGUGCUCGGGGUGGCUUACGUAGCACUCGUCCCAUUUUUAUCUUUGCAGCAUCCUGUGAGGGACAUUAAGUUUAAGAGAUGGUGACUUGUCUGAGGUCGUCCAGUAAAUUGCGUAGCUCAUGUAGGAUAUGAAUUCAGGUCUUCCUGUUCUAAAUCCACCACGCUAUCUAUUACCUGGCUCUUGGUGCAUGCUAAAGCCAGCUAUAGCGGAUUGGGUUGUCAAAUAUUAACAGCUGGUAAUGAGUUAGGGAGCCACAGUAAUCUAGAAAAUGAAACAAUCAGUUGCAAAGGACUAUGAAAUAUUUUAAUUUCAUUCAACCAAAUAAUUAACUCAUUAGUUGUUUCCCUUUAUCCAUUCAGAUCAGCUGUUUCAUGUGCUGGCUAUGCACAUGCGACUCUACAGCAUUGAUUCUGCUUACAACCCGUGGAAGAAACUAACCCAAUUGAUGCAGAAUGACGAGAGUUUGCAGUAAGUACAGUUCUAUAGACCAAUUUCUCUGUAGCGUUUUAACCUUGUGAGGCACCAAGUGGAGCAGUGUAUCUCUGCUGAACAUACCGUUUUAAGGGACUCAAUUUGCUGCAGUGUUAGAAACAUAGCUCACUUCACCUACCCCAUCCAAAGACCUUUUAUACCCAAACAAUUAUUCCAUCCAUUUUUUCAACUAGUAAAGAUUUGGAGACCAUAUUCAUUUUUUAAGCCAUGCAUUUAUUCAUGUUUACUUUCUCUUCUCUUUUAAAACUACAUUGUGCAGCAAAAUCCUAUGCAUUUUGCUCAGAAGAAAAGUCCCUUUAUGCUCAAUGGGGGUUCAGAGUGUGAGUGUGAGUGUGUGUGUGUGUGUGUGAGAGAGAGAGAGAGAGAGAGAGAGAGAGAGGGAGAGAGAAACAUGCAAACACACACAUCGGGUAACUAAUUUGUCAGUAUCUUGGAAUAUAGUACAGUUUAUAGUUAUAGAUUGUUUAUGCCUGCAGCAUGGUGCAGUUUGAUUCUCUUUUCAAUAAUUUUGCUUUAUCACUAUCAGACUUUACAUUAGGUUGCUUUUUCUUAACUACUUCUGUAGCAGUGUUUUGGGAAGCCACACUUAUCUGCCUUCCUCAUAUGCGUUGAAGGGAUUAGCAGGGUGGUUCAUUUCCAUAUUCCAAACAGACUUUAUAAAAGACAGUUUUCAGUGUCACGGUGAACAAGUUGCUUAGGCUUUUAAUAAAUGACAGAGCAAUUUUUAAGAGCUUAAUGUGCUCUGGUGCUUGACGUAAACUAAAGGAGCUUAUCUCUUGGCAUUUUAUAUCAUUUCACUUCUUCCGUUCUAGCAAAAUGAAUAUAUUUAGUCAGAUGUUUCACUUGCUCCUGCAAGCCUUCCCUGUUUUUGCAGUGUUGCCAGGCAUCCUAUAAACCAUAUAAAUUUAAAGGUUUGAUUGUGCAAACAUUAUUAUUUGACCUGCAUCCUAUAAAACAAAAUUAUUGCUAUCACUUUAUUCCACUUGAAAAUUGAGCAUUCAUUUUAAAAGUUAUUCUUAUUUGUAUAAAAAAAAGACUCAAUAUACUUGUUGUAUGUUUAUUAAUGUAUUGAAAUGCAUGAGGAACGGUCCUAAAUUUUCCAAAAGCAAAGUAAGAUUGCAACAAUUAAAUACAGCAUCUUGGGGAUGUUUUAUUAAUUCACUAAAAUAAUUGGGCAGAACAUUCUAUAAUAAUUCACCUGCACAUUACACCAUUGCAUCUCUGGUUCUAUAUUGCAUAGACAGACAUGUUCUCUUCAGGUGAUCUUGCAUGUAAAAUUAACCCAAGAGUGAGUUCCAUUCUCCAUUGCUCUACUGCCCUCCACGAGCUUGGAGGUGAACUUUCAGUGGGUAUCUGAACACCCAAUUUUUGGUUUUAAAGCAUAGAUUUCUGCUUCCACAAAUAUAAAGGUAAAGGGACCCCUGACUAUUAGGUCCAGUCGUGACCGACUCUGGGGUUGCGGCGCUCAUCUCGCUUUAUUGGCCAAUGGAGUCUGUGUACAGCUUCCAGGUCAUGUGGCCAGCAUGACUAAGCCACUUCUGGCGAACCAGAGCACCGCACGGAAACGCCGUUUACCUUCCCGCCAGAGCGGUACCUAUUUAUCUACUUGCACUUUCACGUGCUUUCGAACUGCUAAGUUGGCAGGAGCUGGCACAGAGCAACAGGAGCUUACCCCAUCGCAGGGAUUCGAACUGUCGACCUUCCGAUCGGCAAGCCCUAGGCUCUGUGGUUUAGACCACAGCGCCACCCGCAUCCCUUUCCACAAAUAUACUGUGUCCUUAUAUGUUUACAGUCUGUAACAGUAUCGCUUCCAGAAACUUGCAUAAAUUCCUAAGGAAAUGGGGUUAUUAUGCCAAAUAUAAUUAUUUCCAUAAUUUCCAGGAUUUGCAGUGAGGAACAGCCAGAAGUCCCAGUACUUUAUAGAGAUGCCUCGUCCCUUUUGCUCAUCCAGAUUUUAACAAUGCCACAGCCAUUGCGCAAAGGUAUGUUUCGAAAAAAAAAUGCAUAAAUAAUAAGUCUUGGCGUGUUUCCCUUGUCAGUGGCUUUUAAAGCAGCACAGCAAAUAAACCUUGUCUGCUGUGUGUGCUCAAAUAAUGACUUUGCCUUAUCUCUAGAAGUUGGCAUCAAACAGAAAUUUUUGUUGUGGUUUGACGGGCUUAUCUGUGACUCCUGUCUUCUCACCUUUAUCAGACAACUGUACAGUAAAACCAGGAGGCCUGAGAAUGACUAUUAAGUUCCUUGAGAUGGGGGGGGGGGGGGAGAGAGAGAGAGAGAGAGAGAGAGCUUGGGUCCUUUCGUUUGACCUUCAUUCCUUUACUGCAGUGGGGCUGCUUAAUAUUUCACAUUGAACUGUGAAUGCCUAAGGGUGAAAGAGAAUAAUUCGUUUCAAUUUAACUGCUCAAAUUGUGGCAAUUGUGUCACACCCGACAAAGAUAAUUGCUAUAAUACAGUAUCUGUAAUGGUCGCUGCAUAUAUAAAUCCAAGCAUAAGUUACUGGAAUCCCAAGAUACUUUUGAAGCAGAAAUGAUUUAUCACUGCUUAUUUUGUCAGGUUUUUAAAACCAUUAAUUUUACUAUUUGAAAAUACUAACCCAAUUCUCCCCCCCUCCCCCGGUAGUGAUACAGGUACAUUUUUAUAAAAGUGUUACUAUGGGCAUUAUAGAAUAGAAUUCCUCUCUUUAACAGUUUUAUAAUUUGUUGACACGGUAUUGGCUUCAUCUGUGAUAUUUUUUAUAUCAGGGACGUUCCAUAUAAAGGUAUAAUCAGCCAUGAAAGCAGCCUUUUCAUAUAUAGCUGCACCUUUGUAAAUAAAAUUCCCAAGAAACCAGUUGUUUGGGCCUUCUAACAGAACUGUGUCUUAAAUCGGAAGAGAAUCAUAGGUUGUCUUUAGCUGCUUAAAGAAUUUAUUGUCAAGGUACAGACAGAAAGAAUCUUUCGUACUUUAAUGUGCGCCUAAUAGCACAUUUUAUAUGUGGCAGCAAAGCCAAUUUUAACUAUUACAAGUACAACAUAGGUCUGUUGCUAGUCCUGGAAGGCACAUCUGAUUGAUAUUUCUUGGGUGGUUUUAUACCCUUCCCUUUUUUUGGAAUGUAGUCUGUCAGGUGGUUAUUUGUACAAAGCUCCUUCUUGUUUAAAAAUACCUACAUGGUAUUCUCUGAGAAAAUUAGCAUUUAAUAAGCAGUGUCCUAAUAGCAUCUCCUGUCCUUCAAGCAAGGCCAUGGGAAUUCUAUUAACUAACUUAUUAACUGUUGAAUGGCCUUGGCUAUCUUUUUUCAAUCCGGCAUUGAUUAAAGCAAAGUAAAUGCCAUUACAGCAUUCAGGCUGUUCAUUCUGAAAGGAAAAUUUGAUCCGAAUCCACCUCUAAAGAGAAAACACAAAUUAAGCCUUUGAUUGUAGGAGAACAUCAUGUUAGAGGUCAGUGCAGUCAAUAGUUCCAUCGUUUUAUACAUGGAGGGCUCAAAGAGUAAGAGGCUAUAAGUUUUCUUUGUUGUGUACACAUUUCGUGUGACCUAAGGAAUUAAGCACAGUGUUGAAGAUAUUUAGUUGGCUGAAUUUUGUUCAGAAUAUUAAGAUGGGGGAAAUGGGUGCAUGUUUAAAAUGUAAAAAAGAGAUUUUUCUGUGGUGGUGCUGGUUAAACUUGAUAAUGAUAUUUGUUGCCCAUUGAACUGCCAUGUUCCCAAGGCUAACUUCUAAAUUAAUUAUGGUUAACCUGGAGUCAGCAUGAUGUCUGCUUUGGACCUGUGUAGAAGAGAAAGCCACUGCCUUUUCGGCAUGUACCACCGCCAGGGAAGUAAUUUUAAAGAACAUAGCAGUUGCCACGUGGCUCUGUUCAGCAUUCAGUAAGACCAGUAAGGCUUUACUUGGGAGUUCAGCUGUGCAUCCCAGGGGUAAGAAAUAUUUUUGACACAUUCGAAAGGAUUCGUAGGAGCAUGAGACAUUUUAGAAGACGGGAUCUUUGAGAGGGGAUGAAGAAACAUGUGUGUGUGCUGAGCUUAAGAGAGGGUGGUUGUGAUUCAUUAAUUGUGUGCAGCCUGGAGAUCAGACUAAUUUAUUGAUGGCUAACAUUAAAGUGUAAAGUACAGGAAUAAGCACUCUUAAAAACAUCAAGUGGCCAGUCAGUCACAAUUGUAUGCAGUCACCCAACUGUUACAAAUAAAAGCACCUGUUCUCUUAAUGUGGUUCUGUGUGCAGAUGUGGCACCGUUAAGCAGUUGGUUAAUACCUGAAGUUCUGGUCCAUGUUCGCCCAUUGUGUUUACUUUCCAUUGCGGAAACAGAAACGUACAGGUUCCCUGAGUUGUUCUGAAGUUGCUGGCUUUCAUUCUUUUUUUUCUCUUUGGGGGAGCAAAUAAAGCUUUAGUGGAAUAUUGGCAGUCAAUUUCCAGAUUAACUGUGAAGUAGCCGGUUUUUUACCUGUUUUGCUUACUAGACAAACUGCUUUCCCGAAGCUGUAGCCUUUCUGCAGAUGACAUUUAAUGUGGCAUUUAAUGGCAGGCAGGCAGGAUAUGCUGAGUUGUAAAAAGUGGCUUUAGCUGAAAGUGAAAGCCUUCAGAGCAUUGGUAAAGUUUGUGGAGUUCCUGAGGGAUAUAUUGCAAAAGACCAUUUCUCUACGAGGUUGUUUGUAGAGCUGUACCACUGCAGUAAAUGCUAGCCCCAAAUUAUUAUUCUUGUUUCCUAUUGCAUUUUACUUGCAUUCCUAUUGCAUGUACUAUCAACACUCCUGAUAAGGAAAAGAAAACCCUUGUUCAAUUUAUUUUAAAUAUUGUUGCAUUAAUCUCUGUUUGCGCACAUUGUUAAGUGCUCCAGUUAAAGCUGAUAACUGGUUUACAGUGGAAGGCCUUGUUUUCAUUUUCUUUCUUUAAACAUGACCUCCUGAUUUUGAUAGUUGUUUUGAGACCUGUUAAAUUGUCCAGUGCAGAAGCUAUCAUUUCUGAAAAUGUACAUAUUCAUUUAAAUCCCAUCUUAUUCAGUUUGCUCAAAGUGGCUCACAGUCCGAAACCUAACAUCAGUAAAAACAAAGCAAUAAAACCACACAUAAAAAUAAAUAAAAUGAACCAUUACAGCUGCAAUAAAACACUGAUUCAGACCAGCAGGGAUAAAUGUAAUACUUGCAUCUUUUAGGUUUUAAUGUAUUGGUGUAUGUUUAGCUCCUUACAAAAUAUAACUUGAUGCGUUUCAAGUUUUGGAUGGCUCCUUUGGGGGGAAAAUACAAAUUUGUAGAGUGUAGAAUUGCUGUAUACAAAAUUGAGAUCUAAUUUAGAAUGCUUGACUGACAUUGUCUGUUUUCAUACUUUUGUAGAACACUUUACCUGUAUCAUAAAGGUGCUCUUCACAUUGUUGUAUAUACAAGCUCUUGUCGCACUUUCGGUUAAAUGCAGUGCUGAAGACAGGAUGACGUGGAUGAACUCAGGAGCUCUGAAAAAGGUGUGUUGGUUUAUGAAAAGCUAAGUAGACUGCUAAUGAUGCAACUCUAUAUCCAGCUGAGCACAUUUAAGCCCUGUUAGUCUCUUUGGAAUACAGAUCUGUGCAACCUUUAUACUGCAUUUUCUCCCAAGUGUUCAGAUUUUUUACAUCUCGAUUGAAAGACAGUGUCAGUCUACCAGGACGAAGAGCUCCUCACCAUCCCAGACCUGCUUUGGUGGUGAUGAGUUUUUGAAAUGUUUUCCAGCAAAGCAUAUUAAGUGUCAGGUUUCCUCUGCCUGAGAUAGCUAACCAGGUAUUUUGAGAACAGGUUUGUCUCUGCCUGACUUCACCACCAUGACAAACACGCAGAGCACUGUGGAGACCAAUCUUGGCAAGUUAUUGAACCAACAGUGGUGCUUUAUGAUGAUUUACAAGGCAUAUCCAAUACAAAGUUUAGCCCUUUGGCCUUUCUCCUGCUCCUGGGUUUGUUUGUUAUUUUACAUAGCCUUGAUUAUCCAGGUAGAACAUUGAGGAUUAAGAAUUAGACAAUUUGUCCUCAUUUGGGUCAUUUUAACUUGAAGAGAGCAGAAGUUAACUCCAUUUUGGAACUUUCUCCGGAGGCCUCUACAGUGGGUCUUUGGAGAGUGGGGCAAAUCUGUUUUUCAACAUCUGACUAUAUGUAUCCUUGAGCUUCUUCUUUGAUUGGGGAUCUGACCCUCAAAAUAACAUUUCUGGUUGAGGAUUCCAUCCACCCAUAUAGGAACUCAGAAUUUGAUACCCUUUGAGUCAACAUGGAACUGUCAACAGUGGUCAACAAGAAACAGUGUUUAGAAUUGCCCUUUCCUUUAUUCCUAAAGUUAACUGGUCUUUUCACAGAUCCAAAGGGAUUGUGCUUCUCUCCUUUUGUUCCAAUCCUUCUCACCCUAAUGAGAAGAAAUGGCACAAUCGGGAUGCAUGAAAAGCUCUUCGCAUCUGCAUCAUCAGAACUCUAUGCUUGCCCUAUUCUGGCAUCACCAAGAAUUAGGACAUUGGGCUGUGAUAUGUAGCCUUCAGCACUAAUCUACUGCCGCAACUUCUAUGACUACUACAUCAUGUACUAUUAUUACUGCAGGUUUUACAUUACAGAAGCUGUCAGAAUGUCAUGAAACCCAAGUCACUUCUGUGUCAUGUCCACAGUUUGUUUCUCUACAUGAGAUAGACAUCUCUGUUGUUAUAUACUAGAUACAGUAAAAUUGACGUUGAUACAACUACAGCCACUGUGUUCUUUCACAGUCAAUUUGAUAAAUAAUAGCCUGCUAUUAUUUACCUUGGAUAACAUCCAGUCUAUUGUAUUAUUCCAAAAUCUUAUUAAAUGCAGAAUUAUUAUUAUUAUUAUUAUUAAAAAUAAUCUUUAUUGAGUUUUUGAUCUGUUAAAGAGCAUUCUCAAGGAAAGCCUUACCUUAGAGAAAAAUGGAAUAAAGCUAUGUAAAACAACUUUCACUGUAACCUUAAGGAAAACUGUGUUAAGAUGGAAAUGAGGUGGCAUUGGACGCCUUGAAAAAGUGAAAUAACAGGGUAAAUGGCCAGUGUUGGUUUUAUGAUGGAAAUAUCCUGGAAUAUGGUAACUAAGGCAAUUAAACAAUUUUUUUGCAAAUGGGUAUGCUAACUAACCCAGUUAGGAAUUUUAGGGAUAGGAAUUUAUUUCAUGCCCUUCUGAAAGACAUGUACUAUCUGAAAAGGUAGGGUUAUAGCAAAUUAGAAGUAUCUGGUUUGGCUUUAAAUGUUUAUAACAGCAAUAUAUUAAGGAAGUAUAGUUCUCUAAAUCACUUGCUAAGCUGCUUUAGUAUAUUCCCUUGUACUGUUUUAUAAUUCCCUUUUUCAUACUGUUUUAUAUUCAUUUUCAAUAAUAAUAAUAAUAAUAAUAAUAAUAAUACCAGAAUAUGGAAACCCAUAUUUACAUGGGAUUUCGUACAUGUAUUUGAACUAUUGUUGGAUUGGGGUGACAGCAUUUGCUUAUUUUCCUAAUUGUCUAAUAAAUUUCUUCUUAAUCACAGAGUAUGUCAAAUGCAAAAAAGUCUUGGGAAGUAUUACUGAGUCACGUGAUCAGUGAACUCUAUAACGGGAAGAUCUAUGAGCAAGAGGAAACUGAAGACCUAGCCAUGGUACGGUUUAUAUAUUUUUUGGUUUGUCAACCGUAGCUCAAUUUGACGCUUACUAAAUACAUGAGGGUGAAAUCAGCAUUAGUUUGCAAACCAUUCGUAGCGCUACUAAGUUUGCAAACUAUCAAUAGAAUUACCAAAGAGCGCCGUUGAUUCUUCAGGAGUUAAAUCAAUCUGGAUUUUCUUCUUCUUUUUCAAAACUCUAAUUUAGGACAGCACAAGCGCUUGGUGCCCACACUCCAUAGAGACUUAUUUGCAGCAGUUCUGUCUGCCUUUCCUCAGGAUUACCAGCCUUCUUCAGCACCAUCUCUUUGGAGCAGAGCUACCUAGCUGUCAGGUACUAUGAAAAACUGGUUCAUUUAAUCUGUUCUAAUAAUCUUUGACGUCACUCUAACAAAGCAUCCUGCGUUAUCUAGGAAAUGCGCUUGUAUAGAGAAAAUACUGACGAUAUUUCCAAGAUGCAAGUGUGUGUGUGUGUGUAUUUAUCAUAAUGGCACAGUAUGAAUUUGUAUCAUGAAGUUCAGGCAUGUCCAAAGUCUUCUUCAGGGGUCUAAUGCAGUCCACCGGUCGGUUUAUUCAUUCAAUCCUCAAAAAAGGUCAACAACUUUGGUUGGCCCUCACGGCCCUUCACUUCAUCAAAUCUGGCCCUCUUUGAAAAAAGUUUGGACACCACUGAUGAAGUUGAAUUUAUGCGCUCAAGCUGACAGCAUUGUUCUUUGGGCUUCCUUUUUUUUUUUUUAAAAUACAGUGGUACCUCGGGUUACACACGCUUCAGGUUACAUACGCUUCAGGUUACAUACUCCGCUAACUCAGAAAUAGUGCUUCAGGUUAAGAACUUUGCUUCAGGAUAAGAACAGAAAUUGGGCUCCGGCGGUGCAGCAGCAGCAGGAGGUCCCAUUAGCUAAAGUGGUGCUUCAGGUUAAGAACAGUUUCAGGUUAAGAAUGGACCUCCGGAAUGAAUUAAGUACUUAACCUGAGGUACCACUGUAUCUGACGCAUCUGGCUCUUCUUCCUUUUAUGUUUAACAGGAAGACGAAGAAUUUACCGUGCUUGCUAACUGCCUGGGUUUAUUACCGCCAUCUUUCCAGUCGUCAGAGUUCUCCAGUGCCUCUUGUCUUGACUGGCCUGUGCCAGCCUUUGACAUAAUAUCCCAAUGGUGCUCAGAAUUGGUUUCAUUUGCAGGCAAGCAUCCAACCCAAGUAAAGGUAGGUGAAAUAAAUAAAAAUUGCUGCGGCUUAAUACGGUACUCUGCUUUCACUUUCAAAUUUAACCCUAUUUAAAAAUCAUUUUUAAAACUUAUUUGUUGCAAAGUAGCAACACAGCAGCUUCCUUUUUAGCAAAUUUUUGAUCGGACAGUACUGCCAAAUUGUUCUCUAGAAGCUAAUAAACUUUAUAGAUGGUUUAAAUAAAUCAUUUUAAUUGAAUUGGAAAUGGCCACCAUAAGCAAAAAGAAUAACUUAUCAUAAACAUUUUCUGAAAAGAAACAUUUUCAGGAGUGCUCUGAUGGUGUUUCCUGCUUGGCAGGGGGUUGGACUCGAUGGCCCUUGUGGUCUCUUCCAACUCUAUGAUUCUAUGAUUCUAUGAUUCUAUAAGGGCAUUAUUACAGAUGGAGCUACAGGAAACUGAAAGAGUGAUUUCAGAAACUGAAAGGUUUGCAGAGAUAAUAUCGUAAUCUCUCUGAUGUAUUAUAAUUCUGAGAAUUGGUGUGUUUGCCCGUCAGUUUCUCUUAAGGUUUUGCUUAUCUGGGAACUUUUUGGAAAACUAAGAUUUAUGAAAUUUAACUCCUGCACUUCUGGAGAAACAUUUUCACAUUUCCCUAUGAUCUCUUCCAGAUUUUACUUAUACAAGAAGCUAAAUGGGACUUGCCACGUCUCCUACAACUGCCUGAAAAUUAUAAUACCAUUUUCCAAUACUAUCACAGAAAAAGUUGUUCAGUCUGUUCCAAAGUUCCUAAAGACCCCGCCGUUUGUCUAGUCUGUGGCACUUUUGUGUGUUUGAAAGGACUUUGCUGCAAGCAACAGAGCUACUGUGAAUGUGUCUUGGUAAGAAAUUAGUAAUAAACAUUAUCUGUUUCCCAAAAGCGAUUUGGAAAGGAAGCACGCCUAAUAAUGCUUCCACUUGGUUUUUGUGAUCCUGGGAUCUCUUGCAGAUGGCCUAGAGUGCACACAGAAUGCCUCCUGCAAGGUUUCCCCAUUCACAUUAAUGGUUGUGUCCUAUAGAUUAUGGGACGCGGGUGGCGCUGUGGGUUAAACCACAGAGCCUAGGACUUGUCAGUCAGAAGGUCGGCAGUUCAAAUCCCCGCGAUGGGGUGAGCUCCCGUUGCUCGGUCCCUGCUCCUGCCAACCUAGCAGUUCGAAAGCACGUCAAAGUGCAAGUAGAUAAAUAGGUACCGCUCUGGCGGGAAGGUAAACGGCGUUUCCAUGCGCUGCUCUGGUUCGCCAGAAGUGGCCUAGUCAUGCUGGCCACAUGACCCGGAAGCUGUACGCUAGCUCCCUCAGCAAAUAAAUGGAAUGAGCACCGCAACCCCAGAGUCGGCCAUGACUGGACCUAAUGGUCAGGGAUCCCUUUACCUUUUUACCUAUAGAUUUAUAUAAGAGUAGAGAUUUUUCUAAGUGUGGCUCUGUGUAGAACUGCCCUCCCCACUGAAAUGAAUGAAGCACCCCUGGCCAUGCAGAAACUCUUGAGUAGGGAGGACUGUGGACCCAGGGGAAAGCUAUGGGAGGAGUGAAAUGUUGCACUAUGUCAGUUGUUCCAACAAGAGAAGCAUUUCAGCUUGCCAGAUGGAAUUAUCCCCCAUUUGUCCCCCUGUUUUGAGGGUUCUCUCAAUCCCACCAGAGCCAAUUUUAAGGGACUCGGAGGGGAAGAAAGGGUGGAAACUCCCAUUGCACAAGUGGAAGGAAGUCCAUGUGUGAGCUUCUGCUGAUAAUAAUAAUAAUAAUUUAUUUAUAUCCCGCCCUCCCCAGCCAAAGCCAGGCUCAAAGUGGUUAACAACAGUAAAAGUAGCACAAUUUACAUAAAAUCACAAUCAAUUAAUUGAAAUACAUUCUAAAAUCAAUUUAGAAUCAAAUUAAUGGCAACCAUUGGGCUAGAGUUCUAUGAGGAUUACCAAAGGAGGGGGUCAGACUGUGCCUUGGCCAAAGGCCUGAUGGAACUGCUCUGUCUUGCAGGCCCUGCGGAAAGAUGUCAAGUCCCGCAGGGCCCUAGUCUCUUGUGACAGAGCAUUCCACCAGGUUGGGGCCACAGCCGAAAAAGCCCUGGCCAGCCUAAUCUCCCUGUGGUCCGAGACCUCCAAGAUGUUUUUGUUUGAAGAAUGUCCUCCGUGGGACAUACUAGGAGAGGAGGUCCCAUAGGUACGAGAGUCCUAGGCCGUAUAGGGCUUUGAAGGUUAAAACCAGCACCUUAAACCUGAUCCUGUACUCCACCGGGAGCCAGUGCAGCUGGUAUAGCACCGGAUGAAAGUGAUCCCAUGGCGAGGACCCCAUUAGGACCUGCUGGAGUUUCUGGGUCAGUUUCAAGGGCAGCCCCACUUAGAGUGAGUUACAAUAAUCAAGUCUGGAGGUGACCGUCGCAUGGAUCACAGUGGCUAGGUCAGGGUGAGAGAGGUAAGGAUUCAUUAGGUGAACCCCAGCCUUUAUAAUCUUUUGAGCUCAUUUUUGUUAUACAGUGGACCUGCUAGUUAAGUACCACUCUGGAUAUGUAACUUUCGGGUUACAAACGCGGCAAACCCGGAAGUGUAUGCUUCUGAGUUUUACCAUGCGCAGAAGCGCUCUGUGCACUUUGCACACAUGUGCAGAAGCGUCGCCUCUGCCUACAGACUUUUUGGGUUGUGAACGGACCCCUGGAACGAAUUCAAUUCAUAUCUGGAGGGUCCACUCUAUUUUGAUGCAGAUCAUUACAUUUGUUAUAAAGCCACUGACAAAGAACUCUUCCCUCUUUCCCAAAACAAAACCUCAGCACUCGCAAAAUUGCGGUGCUGGAACAGGCAUAUUCCUCUUGAUCAACGCAUCCGUCAUCAUCAUCAUUCGUGGUCAUCGCUUUUGCCUUUGGGGUUCCGUUUACCUGGAUGCACAUGGUGAAGAAGACAGAGAUCUCAGGUAAGCUUUUUAUAAUAGGGGAUAAUUUGCACUGUUUUUAACAUAGGGCUACCCCCCUUUUAGGGAUGCGGGUGGCGCUGUGGGUUAAACCACAGAGCCUAGGACUUGCUGAUCAGAAGGUUGGCGGUUCGAAUCCCCGUGACAGGGUGAGCUCCUGUUGCUCAGUCCCAGCUCCUGCCAACCUAGCAGUUCAAAAGCAUGUCAAAGUGCAAGUAGAUUAAUAGGUACCACUCCGGCGGGAAGGUAAACGGCGUUUCCGUGCACUGCUCUGGUUGACCAGAAGCGGCUUAGUCAUGCUGGCCACCUGACCUGGAAGCUGUCUGCGGACAAACGCCGGCUCCCUCGGCCCAUAGAGUGAGAUGAGCGCUGCAACUCCAGAGUCAAUCACGACUGGACGUAAUGGUCAGGGCUACCUUUACCUUUACCCCCCUUUUGAACUGUUUUGUUCUCGUAACCAAGGUGUUUGGCAAAUCAGGGGAAAUAAUUUCACAUAAUAAUAUCACACCUCCCCUUCAGAAGCUCCCAGGCCAAAUCACCAAGCUUUUUAAAAAACUGGGGGUUAAAUAGGCUUUGGGGGGCUAAUAUGAGGGCACCUGCUAAGAAGAAAACUCACACGUGGAUGGUCUGAAAAAGGAGGAUUUAAGCUAUUCUCAGUGUCAACCUAACUGUAGCUGCUUGAGGCAGCAUACCGUAUUGGCCUGAAUAUAAGCCGCACUCUUCCCCCCCCCCCCACAAAAUUCCGACAGUGAAAAGCUAAACUGCGGUUUAAAUUCAUGUCCUUACAAAAAUUGGCUUUUGCAAUAUCGCUGCUGAAACAGACAUAUGGUAAAACGGAAUGGGUGUGAGUGCCUGUGGAAUUUUAAGGGAGUGGCUUUCCCCCCUCUCUCUCCCCCCCCCCCCAAUUUUAAGUGUUUGGCUUAUAUUCGGGUGCGGCUUAUAUUCGGGCCAAUACGGUAACUUAAGGGUGUCCAAAGGGGCAGCACUCAGGGUCCCUUGCAGCGUCACAAAGACUGGUUGGGGGCAUCUCCUGCAUCACAUCACGCAGGUGCUUAAGGUAGCAAAUUACAUUGGGCUCCCGCUGUUCAACCAAUUAUUGAUCUUAAUUUUUAUUUUAUUCUUUCCUGCAGGCGUGGCAAACCUCUCUAUAUAUGUAAAGAAAGAUACAAAGUCCUUGAACAGCAGUGGGUUUCGCACACCUUUGACCACAUCAACAAAAGAUGGGGGCCGCAUUAUAAUGGUUUGUAGGUCACUAACCACCCCGCUGUAACAUCACCGUUAUUAUCAGCGCUACCGGCAUGAGCUUUAAGUGAAUGGAAGUUCAGUCACUUCCCUGGGGAAGGUGUGAAUCGGCACCUUUAUACGAAGCCCUGCGUUAUCCAGGUCUUGGUAAUAAGACGUGCAGUAAUUAAAAACACAAAGCAAUUAGUCCUCCUAAUCUGAGUACGGAAUCUAAAUUCAUUUGAUAGUUGUUGCUGUAUAAUCCACUAAUAAACAAGCACAAAUUGUACUUUAAAAAUGCCACUAAAUGGCGGAUGAGCGUUUUGUUUUGCCCCAGGUUGGGGUUGUGUAUGCUGAGGCACUGUAUAUGUGUAGUACACACCUGCUAAACAUACUGCUCCCCUCCUUUACCCUUCUUUGUGUUGCUUUAAGAUUUUGAUUGAUAAUGUAUUUGUAAGUAUACAAAAGCUGUAACACUUCUGAUUUGUGAAAUUGUAUAGAAAUUGGUCUAAAGGAUUUUUAGAGAAUAUUUCACUUACUGCCACGAAGCUAUGGAAAUAAGCUUCAGGCAAUACUGAAAACCUUACUCAUUCUCAGGAAUUUCAUAGAUAUACUCCAGAGAGAUUAGUGAAAUUAGCUGUAAAAUAGUUAGCUUGCCGCUCUUAAUGUAAUACAGUACAUAUACAGUAUUCUGUCUCUGCCAUUUCAGUUAGCUUUAUUUACUGGUAACUACUAACGCAUCCAUUUUAUGGUCUGUGUACAUACGACUUUUGUAAGAUGCCCCCAAAUGGUAGAUCACAAUCCCAGCCGAGCACAUCAUGGCUGUCUCGUUCCCACCUAGCCGUAGGUUUCAGUAAGGGGAAGGCGAAAGUCCUGCUGAGUUCUUUGCAAAUGAAGCGUAAGUUGAGGACUUUCCAAUGAGUUUCAAGAAGCAUCUUUGUAUUAUAUUCACAGAGCAAGCACUGCCCUUUCUGCUUGACUUCCCUUAAUAUGGGAAUUUGGUAGGAGAGUUAAAUUGUGAGGUGGCAGUGGUUAAAAAGAAUUGCACCUCCUCUGAAUGGGGGUUGGGGCAUAUUUACAACUAUCCUCCAGUCCGCAUGGAGCAGUCAAGGCUGUACACAGAGAACCCUUUUUAAAAAGCGGAAAUCCUGAGGAUCCAGUUGCUUGCCAUGGAAGGGUGGGGGGAAUCAAGGAGCAGCCUGAAUCGAGCCCUCCUCUCAGAAACAGCUGACCAUCAUACUGGAUCACAGAGGAGAAUCACCUGUGCGGCUGUCCUUCAAGCUGGAGAUAUAUAUAUUUAUAUGUGCUUCCACUCAUAGUGGACCGUAGGACACUUAUAUUUAUUUAGAUGGCUUUGAAAUCCACAAAAAUGGGCAUCAUUGCGGAAAGAUGGGUGGGGAACACACCACAUACCACACUUAACCAGGCAGGGGGGAAAACAGAUUGAUACUAUCUUGCUGCCAAAACCUUUUUCGUCUUUUUCACAGAAUAGUCAAAACAGCUGUUGGACUCUUUCUAACACUUCUGUUGGUCAUUUCUGACACUUGCAUCCUUUGACUUAACAUAGCUUUUUUCUGUAAAGUGAAGUUUAUAUAUGUAAACUACCAUUAAAAAAAGAAAGAAAGAGUUGUAGCCAUAUAACCAUGUAUUCAGUUGAAAGCUGCUCUCUUUUCAAACGUCUGAUAGGAAAUCAGCUGCUGAAAUUCGGAUAGGAAAUAAUAAGGAAGUGGGGAUGUUCACAAGAUGAGCCUUAUAGGCCACCAAGUUUUUACAAAACCUUAAGAAAAACACAUCGCAAUGGUUUGCUGUUUUAUUUAUAUAAAUUUAUCCGUGUGAAUAUUUAUAUAUAAGCACACGCAAACAUAUUUGGGUUCUACCUAGGAGCCUGCAUUUCAUCCACCAACUGAAAUAUGGUCUUUUCCAAAACAUUGCUACAUUUUUAAUAUUGUAUAUUCUGCCUAUAAUAUUUUUGCAUUGCUCAUUUAUGAGUACCCAGCCAUUUUGUAAGCACACCGGACAGGCAGAAAAGCUGCUGACAUUUCCCAGCAUAACGCGAUUACAGGAGUCUUGGAUUUGCUCUGUGUGGUUUUGAAACCUCACAAGAGAUGAUGUCAAAGGAAACAAGAGCCUCCAGAAACUGAAUGAGAUGUGCUAUUUAAAAUGGAAUGUUUUAUGACUGUGUAUAUGAGUGUGAAGUAAAAUUAUUAGCCUUAACCUUAAAAUCUUCGGAUUUCAUGGCGUUCAUUUUUAUACUGGUGAAUUAGUCACUGGUCAGUUUUUAAGAAAAAGAAAAGGCACUUGUUUGGAAAUCCUACUUGAAAUAUACCUGCAUGCUGCUGAACUAGAACUUUGAUUACUCCUAUAACUUUUUGAAAACCUGCUUUGUUAAGCUUACUUUGAAAAAUAACAGGUCCAACUAGAAUGGGUGUGUGUGUGUGUGCUGCUGCUGCUGCUGCUGCUGCUGCUAUUCCUCCGACGUACUGGUGUGGUAUCUUGUAUGAACGAUCAUUUUAAGUACAGUACAUUACUGUGGAAACAGAAUCAGUCUUUGACACAUCAAAAUGCAAAACUAAAAAUACCGUAAUCAACAUUGUAAAAUAUGUUAAUAAAAAGUCUACUGUCAUA